AUGUUAAGGGACUUCAUAUUGCCCAUCAUGGAGGCGGAUGGCUGGGAGUGGCUAGUGGCUCCGAUUCAGCAGCUGAUAUCCUGGGGUGCAUCUGCAGCCAUGGUGUUUGGAGGUGUGGUGCCAUACAUCCCACAAUACCGAGAUAUUAAAAGGACACAGAAUGCAGAGGGCUUUUCAACCUACGUGUGUUUAAUGUUAUUAGUUGCAAACAUUUUAAGGAUACUCUUCUGGUAAGUUGACUCUUAUACCACUUUGAAUGUUUUCUCUAUUCUUGAGUUUCUGGAUGUUGAUGUGAGAGGUGCUGUGAGAUUAAGUGCCUUUUGGACAUCACAAAAAAAUCUUCACAGAAGGAACAUAAAAUCUGCUUGAAAAUCACAAUUCCUUUACUCGGUGGUUGAUUGUGAACAGCUUUGUGAAUUAUCAUUCAUAAAUUCUACAUUGGUCAUACAAAACUGAAGUAGAAGAAGGAUUCAUCCUAGAUUUGAUUCUAGGUCCCAAUCCCAAUCCACUCUGAGCUGCAACACAUUGGCUAUCAGUAAUAUAACAGCAGAGAGAGUAAAAUAUUAUGGAAAAGUCUAUUUUGAUUCCGAAUCUGAAAACUUUAAUUUCACACACACACACACACACAAUAUUUUUAAGAAAAACUUAAAAUGGGAGAAUAAAAUAAACAGAAUAUUGAGUUAAAAAUAGUUUCACAGAUUUCUUGCUAUCCAUGUGAGUCACAGCAUGCUUUGUUGCCCAGGUAUACCCUCUUUUUGUUUUGUUAUCCAUUUGGCUGCAAACACAUAGGGUUAGACCCAGACUUAAUCAUGCUUACUGAUUUCAGUGGAUUUACUGUAGGCAUGGCUAAAGCUAAAAGCCCAACUAUGUCUUAUUAGAGUGAGUCCUAUGAAUUAAAUAGGGCUUACUCCUAUUUACUCUAAGUGUGGUUUAGAUUACAGCCCUGGUAUGGAUCUAACCCAUAGGAUUCUUUACGUAAGUGGUUGAGGGUGUGGAGCUGGAGAGAUUUGUCUUCCUAAUUUUUAGUUUUGUGUUGCUUUGCACUUUCCCCCAAAAUAGUCUCUUGCUUUGCUUUCUACUGUUCCAGUUAUGGCUGGAGUCCACAGAAUGUGAAUUUUUUGGCACAUCUAUUAGAAGGUUAUGCUUAUAAGUAACUCAGUAAAUCUGGAGGCUGUCCUCUAACAGUUGAUCUGUGUAGUCAUUUAUUGUAGAAAUCUUCUGGGCUACAAUAUCCCUGUGUGCAAUCUGUGGCCCUUCUACUGUUCUUAAAAUAUUUCCCACUUUUCUGCUCUUAUUAUACAGGUGUCAAAAUGGGCUCCAGCAUUAAAGCUAGCAUAACCAAUCCUUUAUAUGGUGAACUUUGCUUCAUAAUAAAAUAUAAUUAACUUUGGGCAUUAUCCCUAACCAACAACUCAUUUUAUGAGAAGUUUAGUCUGAGAAAGAGACAAAGGGUAGUGGACUGAUGCCCCACCCACCAACCUCAAAGAAGAUUGUUCCACAUAGCUUUCUUGCAUCAAGAUCCUAAAAUUUCCUAAUUUCUAAAUAAUAGAAGUCAGUUGUGGAAGUCAGCCUUUCCCAUCCCGAUACCCUCCAGAUAUUUAGAUUACAACUCCCAUAAGCCCCAGCCAGCUCGACCCAGGAGUGAGGGUUGAUGGGAGUUGUAGUCCAACAACACCUGGAGGGCAGCAAGUUGAAGAAAGUUGGUAUAGUUAAUUGGAGCAAUGAGUGCAACUGGCAAAUUGGUGUUGUUGCUGCCUUUCCCCCCAAUGGUUAUAGUCCACUAACUGAAGUGAAAAGUGCAUAGGGUAGCUUGAUUAUAAUCAUUCAGCUUCAUGGUUUUGUAACAGUAUCUUAUUAUUUGUUUAUAUAAAAUGUUUAUCCUGCCCAUGCACCACUUGGGAUUAGGCACUUGAGAUAUUUACAGUAACUUGUUGAAUAGAAAUAGAGAUACACAAACAAACCCACCGUGUUUGAUUGACUCUUUGCAAGACUCUUGGAUUAUUUCCUAUGUCUGCAAACUUUUGCUUGAAAUCCAUAGCUAGCUAGCUGUGUAGUGCAUGUCACCCUGAUAUGUCUCAAACAGCUAUUACGAGUUAACAUAUUUUACAAUAUAGUGAAAGAGUAUUUUGUCAUUGGGUCCAACCACUGCUUUGACAUGCUGCUUGGUUUUAUUGUUACCUUUGUAGGGUAACACUAUAACACAUGCCAUUUUUUCUUCUAGCCUUAGGUUUCUUUACUGCUUUGGUCUAUUUGUAUAGUUACGUUUUUAUUUGGAACAUUGAUUCCUUUCCCUGCAUAAAAUGUAAACAUCAUAAACCAGGAAAGUUCCUACCACAAAGGAAACAUAAGAAGAAGAAUCUGAUUAUGUGGACUUUAGUUCACAAAAGUUUGUGUCAUUAUUUUGCAAUCUUUAAGGCUUCACAAAAUGUUUUUGUUUUUGCUACAGCAGAUUAACACAGCCACCUCUCUGGGAAAAUAAUGUUAAAAUGUAAUAGUUCUGUGACAAGUCUAAUAUUUACAAAUUAUUUCUAACUCCUGUUUUUCCGGGAUAGUAGUAUGUGGUUCUGCUGUCUGCAAGAGAUUCAAAAACAAGUAGUUUUAACUUCCUGUCCUCUAAACAUUUUUUCACAAACAUCUGAAUUCCCAUCAUUAUUUUUCUAGGAAUGUGAUUUCUAGCAGGUAUUGUUAGAGAUAGGUGCUUCAAGGUGACAGUCAGCAGUGUAUUAAAUAAAUACUGUACAAGAAGCACAUUGUGGGGACCUUUUUUUGAGCCCUUAUACUGCUCUUGUCGCCCUCACACAAGGUCAGACAACUAAUCAUACUCUUCUGAUGCAGUGUUGGAAAAUGCAUCUGUAUUUUUUAAAUGUCCCCGCUGCUCCCUGCCCUUGCCUCCUAUCAAAGGACAGCCAUGGUGUUUGUUCUAAGUUCUGGGAAACAUGAGAAAAGACACAGGAAAUAAACAGGCCCAUUUCAUUUUGAUAAGCCAUACUUGUCUGUGGCAAACACAGUGGAUAGGCAAAGUGGAUAGGCAAAGUGUGUAAAGUGGUAACAAUUUAGUGCUGGGUUUGGUAACUGGGUUUGCCCUAGGAUUAUUGUAAUGUACAAUUUCAAUACUUGAUCUUAAUGUCAAAUGAACACUGGGCUUAGGGAGUUUGGGACUUUAAGUCAGUGAAUGAGUAACUCAGUUUUACCUCUAUGCCAAUAUUUCUCUACCAUCACUCUGGUCCUGUUCAGUGCACUCUCAUCAUCUUAUUACUGAACUUAAGGGGUGUUUUCCCCAUGUCAACGUCUUAUUUUUAUCACUGCAACCAAGCUAUUUAUUUAUUGAUCCAUGAAUCUUGGGGAAAUACCCAUCCCCCGAUUUUAAUUUGUUUAUGGAUGGCCAUUUACGUCAGAUUGCUAUAGCUCUCAUGGAUGUAAUGUGAAACCAGGAAUUUGGACACAAGCCAAAUGUUACUGAAGAGUAUUCUUCUCUGUUGAUUGCAUUGGAUUGCACUGUAAAUCCAGCAUCCGACCUUCAGAGGAUUGGCCACUGUCCAAAUUCAUCUUGUGUUGCCUGAAGCAGAAUAAAAUGGGUGCUGUUAGCUUUUUAGUGGUGUGUGUUGUAGGUCAAAAAUGUUAACUCAUUUGUCACUUUUUAAACAUGCGGAAUUGUAACUGGAUUUUCAUUUAUACCUUUCCCUGUUUAAAAGUUGUUGAGAGUUUAGUGACGACAGAGAAAGCUUUGCUACUUGAAUCAGCAUAAACUGGCUUUUAAUCAGCACAAUAGUUAGUUGUAAUCCGUUGUGUGGUUAUGCUUCUGCUAUGCUUCUACUAAUGGUCAAAAUUUCAUAGAUAUUUAUUUCUGUUUCAUAGAAUCAUAGAGUUGGAAGGGACCACAAGGGUCAUCUAGUCCAACCUCCUGCAACGCAGGAAUCUUUUGCCCGAUGUGGGGCUUGAACCCACAAACCUGAGAUUAAAAGUCUUGCACUCUGCUCUGUCUGAGCCAAGUCUAUGAUGUUCAUGCUUAAAUUAUAGAACUUCUGAUGCUGAUGGAAAUUGCAUCUUAAUUUAUUAUCAGUAAUGCUAUGAAUCAGACUCUGUAAACUCAAUCUAAAAACUGUUUCACGAAGUUUGUUUGAAAGACUUGCAUCUCAGCUAAAAAUUUGUCAUACAGUAUUGACCUAACUUUCUCUCCACAAAUUAACUGGUUUGGCAUAAUGGUGGUAAGGGGAAACUUGGGGGAAGUCUAAAAAAGUCUCAAGCUGUAGAGAGGACAAUGCAAACUUUGCUCCCCAGGAACUUGUUGGAGAGGCAAAAAAAGAGAAAAAGGUCUGGGAUGCUUGCUGUAAAAAGAGCAGCAUUUAUUGCCACAGGACCUGAGGUGGAUUAAGUUUUGGUUGCAGAGAUUUAAUGAAACUAGGGCAGAUAGGCUGGAAGGAAACAAACAGGACUGGGAAGAAAUUUAGGGUGGAAUUUAGUCAGGAAAAGGCUUACAGGAAAGAGAAGGCAAAGAGCCAUAAUGAAUUAAAAACACACCCACUCACCCAAGUUUGGGGAAGUGAGGUUUGGUAAGACAUGGAGGCAGACUUCAGGCAAGAGGUAUUGUCUGGCCUGUCAGAAGCAUCUUCCAGCAUCCCUCUACAGCAGUGACCAGGAGACAGGCAAUGCAAUAUGAGCAGCCAAACUACACCCAGUUAUUUUAAAAGUCAGUGGGGCAAGGUUGAUUUAUGACAGGUCUUCAGGAAAAAAUAAUAUGAAUGAGCAAAGAAGAAGCCAAGUAGAGUCAGUUUGGUAGUGGUAGGGAGCAGAUAUUACUCCAGGCAUAGGCAAACUCGGUCCUACAGAUGUUUUGAGACUACAGUUCCCACCAUCACUGACCUAGGGAUGAUGGGAGUUGUAGUCCCAAAACAUCUGGAGGGCCGAGUUUGCCUUUGCCUGUAUUACUUAUACUGUAUAUCCCAUUUUCUUGGGGAAAGAAACCUCUCGGUUUCACAUUCCAUAUUUAUAACUUAUUCAUGGGUGGUGUUAACGGAAAAUCUGAGGGCUCCCUUGGACAAAAACAAAGACACCAACCAGAGCAAUUGGAAGCAAAUCAGCAGCCAGUAGGCUUGGUCUUUAUUGAAGAAAAGACUGUUGCAACAGGGUGUUCCCCUCACUUGCAGGAGAGAGGAAAGACCCAGAAAGAUGGUGUGCAAGACCUUAUAAAAACUUUUGAAAUUCCCCUCCUCUAGGUCAAGCCCACUCCCAGAAACAUCAUGCAUACAUUACAGAAAGGAGGGGUUGACAUCAUGCAUACAUUACAGAAAGGAGGGGUUGAGGGAGGAGUUGUGGUGGUAACCUGAGUGUCCUGUCACCUGGCUGGUUCCUCCUUUCCCCGGCCCAUGAGUCACUUCCAGGAGACAAAGGGGAGUUGGCAGUUUCCUGCCCCCAGAGGGAAGAUCUGAUCAUUGUCCUUUGUUUCAGUCCAUGCUGAAUCCACUCCCAUAUGCAAGUUCUUUGUGAUCUUGAUGGUCUUCUGUCUAGGACCAUCAGGGUUGGCAUAGCAACUGGGCAGGGCUCCUGUGGAUGUGCUGGGAUGGUGAAGGGAUUAUGGCUGACCAGAACCAAGCCACCCCCCUUUGAUAGUCCUUGUCAUAUGGAGUAAAAUAAAAAUGGAACAGUGCAAAUCCAAUGUAUGGUUGAUUUUUCUAUGAAUUUAUAACAGAAGUGUGGCAUAUGUAGUGUGUGAGUGUGAGUGUGUGAAGUUUGUACAAACUGAAUGAUUGGGGUGGGGGUGUUCCUGCUACAGUGGGCAGGACAGAUUUGUCAAAGGAUGGAAAACUCAUGUUGCUUCUCAGCAUUAUGUGUGUGAGAGAGGUGGGGUGGGGGGAGAGAAAGAGAGAAAGAUCUAGGAAAUUGCAAAAAAUUGACUGAGGCCACCCAAGGGUAAUGAAAUGUCUUGCUUAUUAAGAAUUUCUGGGUCAAAGCUAAAAAUAAUAUUUUUUAUUAAUAUAAAGAAUAUUUUUUAUUAAUAGUGAAAUGUCUCAGCAUUAGGUGCCACAGUGUAAAUUAGGCUUAAAAGAACAAAGCAUAGAAAUAGAAGCUUGCAAUCUUUAAAGACAUCUCAGGAAUAUUGAGUGGGAUGGAAGGGACACAAGGAAGGGUUUGGAGAAACAGCAGAGAUCCAAGGUUAACUCUCUGCCCCUUUUUUUAUUUUAACAGUAUCCAUCUGCUCUGGGGUUCACUGGACCCUCUAAAUUAUAGCUGGAAAGAAAGACCACAAUUGGCUUCAGGGUUUUUUUUAAACAGAAAAAUAUUGUUUAACAGCAAAACUGUUGAGAUACAUUUGACACCAUAAUUUUAACUGGGAAAGUGUUAAAACUCUUGUGUUGAAGAGAGCACCUAGCUCAAUAAACUACUACUAGAGUGCUUCUCAAGUUUUGUAGCAGCAUAAAAAUUGAAUUUAUAAUGGAGAUAAAAUUCUAAGGUUUUUCCACCAUUCAUUUAUUUAUUUAUUUAUUUACUAAGUUUAUACACUUGUAAACUGCUUAGUGGUUUUAUAAUCAAGCAGUAUAUAAACUUUGUUAAAUAAAAAAAAAUUGUAUUUACUAGACUUCUAAGUGGUAUAAUUUUGAGAAAAUUGGUGGAGAUAAGAGUGGACUCCAGUUACACUCUGAAAGCCAUCAGGGAUCAGAACUGAUGGCUUUCUAGAUGAUUUGGGACUCUAGAUCCAAUCACUGUCGGCCAUGCAGACUUGGGCUGAUGAUACUUUUAGUCCACUAUCCAUAGGGCCAAAGUAGUGUCGCUUUCCCUUCCAUUUCAGUAGAGAUAAAUCAGGCCCCCAGUAGCGUAAUAAGUUAACAUGGAUUUAAACUUCUUCUUUUUUUAAUUAAGGAGGGGGGAAGCUGAAAUACUGUGGGAAAACUGAUCCCAGAACUGUUGGAGAGAUGUGGAAGAAUUCAGUGUAAUGCUAAGCAGAUUGCUUCAUUGCUGCAAACACUUCUGCUUUUCUGAUAGAAUGGUCUGCCCUCUUCUCCCCCAUGUGCUGUUCUGAGGGUUCUCCAAGCCAAUUUGGGGAGAGUGAGGGGAGCUGGGGGCAAGCCUCUAUGCUAGUGGAAGUCCUUGUGUGUGGCCGUGCUUCUUAUUUGAAUGAAUCCCAUCCAUGGAGUAUGAAGUCGUUCAGGUUUGCUAUUUUAAAAAAAUGAUACUUCAAACAGCCACUGGGGUCCACAGCAAUAUCACUUGCUGUUUCUUAAAGGGAGGCUUACUAUUCUGCCAUGCUUUGUGAAAACUGGACCCAUUUGUUUGUUAAGUUUUAAUAUGUGCUUCUUUAUCUUUGCAAACGAGCAAAUGACAUUGCAUGACAAAUCUGUUGUAAUUUAUAGCUGUUUAGGAACCUCAGUGCUAGUUGAACUGGAUUUAAUGAUAUCCAUGUCUGAGUGGAAGCAAUUCUCCUCACACAGUUGUCCCACCCACUACUACACCACAUAACACAUUUCCCAGAAUUUAUUUGGUCACGUUUCCAUAACAUACCUUCAGAGACGCUGAGAGUGAAUCGACUUACUGUAUCUGUGCCUAUUGUUUUUACAUCUUCUGGAGUGGAUCUCAAGCUGCUGUCAGAAUUGAAAUGAGGGAAUAAAAUUUGGUUUACGUCUCAAGUCCAGAUUUUCAGCAAACCUAACUAAACGGCAACACAUUUUCUUACUGUUAGCAUCUUACCUGCUUACAGUAGAUAAGAUAAAGGAAAGUGUUUGCAUUAGAUUUCAGUGUGUGGAAAGCUGCAUACUACUUCCAGACUUCCUGGUGACUAAAGGAUAACAAGACUUCCCCUCACCCAAAGUUAUGUAAAAGAUUGACUGACCAAUGUGACAGUAGUACUUCCUGGUUUUAAACAGUUCAAAAAAUGACAAACCAACUUAGCAAGCACCAAAUCAACAUCUGUUGCCUAGCUUGAUAAGAGCAAUAUAUCUGGCAGUUUCUCUCCAGAAUUUAUAUAGAUUGGUGUUGGAAGUGAAAACAGGAAAUGGAGUACUAGAUUAGUGUUCAUUGUUUUUGCACCCUUCCUUUGAACACCAGUAUUGUCUACUCAGAGAGAGGGGAUACUGGUCUAGAUGGACCAUUGACCUACUCAGGGAGUUUGUACUAUGCUAGUGGAGGAGUGGGGAAUUGGCUUUAAUCAGCCAGCUAGAUUGUAGGUUCCUCUACCUUCAGGCCAGUUUGAGAGGUCAGAAGUACCUGCCCACCAGUCAAAUCAGCUGACAUCACUAUGAUGUCAGUUGACCCAUUUUCCCUUUGUAUUGCAACAAGCUGCACUAUAGAAAUGAGCAUCCGAACCCAGCCAAGCAGGGCUUGAAGUGACUGCCGAUUAGCUGUUUGAUGCUGACUUCAGGCUCUACUUUUCUGUUGGGAUCUGCUCACCACGGAGUUCCCCAUAGAGAGUUCAGGUAGCUCAUCCAACCUCAGCAGGCUUGAAGUCUGCAUCUAUCAGCUGAUUUGUGAUGGCAGCAAAGCUGCCUUGCUAGUUCACAAUCAGGAGCAAGUGUGGUGUGGAAAACUGUCUGUCGGGUCAAAUGGGGACCUGUGCUGUCUCUAAUUAGGCCUGUGAACUGGAGGUUUCUCACCCCUGCGCUAGUGCCUGCUACAUGUCUACAUAAUGGAGGGUGUGAUAAUGACAGAAAGUAAAUGGAGUUAGCAUAGGAUAACAGAGGGUUUUUGUGGAGAAGGGUGAUUGUUAUGAUUUAAGACUCCUUAAAAUAAUUAAGUUGAAAGUGGGAGCCUCCAAUUUUCAGGCAUAUGUUUCCUACAGUUCAUUUGCCUUUUGGCCAUAGGCCAUAACUGAAUUUAGGAUGAUGACAUACAUUAAACUGGCACUAACUGCAAUAUACGUAGAACUGCAAAUAUUGCAGAUCCAAUAGUCUUCGGAAUAGUCAGCGAAUGAUACAGCUUUUUUUCUUUUAUAACCCUUCAAUUUUGCUUGUGCUUACCCAUGAGAUUUAUUAGGGGAUUAUGGAGGCUUCUAUGCAAUUCAGGAAGAAGAAUUUGGAUAGCAGCCAGUUCUUAUUGAAGGUCAUGCCCAGGUUUUAUGAUUAGGAUUUAAUGCAGUCAUAAAAGGUAGACUAUCCUGUAACAUUUGGCUGAUAUCCAAAUCCUGAUCCACAGGAAACAUAGCUAAAAGACAGUAGUAAAUUAAUUUCUUUUGGAUGGCUUGUUUCUUAAUUUCACUCUUAGUUGAUUUCCUAUGCUUCCUAAAUUAAUUUUUGCUUGGAUCUCAGUAAUACAUAUUGAAGAUACGCGGCUGCCUAUUUUUAGCGUACUGUUGCUAUGGUUCUUUUAUCAGCUACCCUAACUCUGGACCCCUGUCCUUUACCUUUUUUUUUUUUUUUACAUCCUAGGCCUUCUUACCAGUCUUCAGCCUCCUCAUCUGCCACACACCCAGUUGCUCCUCCUACCGUCUUCUAAACUUGCUUACAGAAGCGACACUGUUCACAAACAUAUCAUUUCUAGCAAGUCCUCUCAAAGUACUAGAAGAUUUGUGAACAUCAUGUGCUAUAACUGUGGGAAGCUUGUUUGAGUUUGGAAAGGAGGAGGACAGAACUAAAAGAAUCUGCUAUUUAUGGUGUAGUGUUUUCAGUGAAGUUUCUUGGUUAGUUUUCUCUCCCUCCCCACCCCACUUGGGACCUAACUUAGAAUUGGAUUAAACUACAGCUCAGCUUUGGAAUAUGAGAAUAAUAAAGAGUGAUAAGCAUCAUGCAGAAACCUUUCCUUCACCACUGUAGGCUUGCUGAAACUCUCCCCUAAUGCACAUGUUGUACAUCAGAAAACAGCCCCUCCCCAUUUCCAGUAUGGUGCACAGCAUGUGACACAGGUUGUAUGUGCAUAUAGCAUUAUCUCUAACCAUUUUUAAGGUGAGAAGUUUGUGGAGAUUAAGUGCAGCAUAUAUGUGAUUUGUCCCUUGGUAACUGCAGCAAAUCCCCAUUUGUCUGAAAUCAGGGAAAGGAUUGGACAUAUUGCACACAUUCACAUGGUUGGGUUGCUAGUAAGUUUAUGUGUGCAUGUGCAAUAUAUAUUUAAGAUAAUCUUUUGGAAGUUAGUUGUUCCUGUGAGUGUGUCUUUCAGUUAUUAUUUUUAAAGCUUAGGAAGUGAAGAGAUCUCCCUCUAGUGGUUUUCACGAGAGAGAGACUGAAUUCUAUACAUCAGUUUAAACUUAGGGGAAAGCAUUCUUCUUGUUAAAAGCAGUUCUUGAGAAGAUGAAGUACUAUCCCUACAUAACUUCAUUUGUAUCGCGUGACCCCAAGAAGCACAGAAGAAAGGCAGUCAUGUCCACAUAAUCUCAACCAUUUCACUGUAAAUAUCCUCAAAAAUCCCCCGAUUUCCCCAUUACUCCAAAGAAUCAGUGUUAGAAAGCUAGAAGCUAAAUAGACCUUAAACCUAGGUUAUGGGCAAAACAAUGGAAUGUCCAGGCGCACUUUUUUAUAACAAGAAUACAAAGCCAAAAAUGAAUGAACUGCAGCUAAAAUAUUAUGUUUAUUUUUCACAUGGUCUCUAGUCCUUCACUUGCCCACCUCCCCCUAAUAUUCUUAAGAGGGUCUCUUCUUCAGAAAGUAGCUUGAAGUGAGUAGGCGGGAAAAAGGUCCUCCUUUCCUUCCACUCUGCAGUUUUAAUCUGAAAUCAUAUGGACACUACAGUGCCCAGAGCUGAGAAACUGCUUGCGCUAAUGAAAUUCCUGGUCGCAAAAUGCACCUAGAACAAUGGGAGUUUCAAACACUGCAAUGAAUCCUUUAGUUAACGCAAAGGAUCACCACCCAGCUAAGCAACUUCUGUGGGAUUGUUUCUAUGGGGUUGUUUAAACAAAAUUUAUAUCCUCAAAAUCCUUUUCUACUUUUACUCACUGUAUUUUGCAAAUUGCUUGUAAAAGUAAACGUCUGAUGCCUGGUCAGAAAGAGCCACGUAGGGUAGACCUGGAAAAAAACCUUUACAUCUCCCCGGGGGGAACCUAUGCCCCUAGAAAGAAGUGCACAUCCACAUUUGAAAAGGCCUGCUUUGAGGGAUUUUUUAUUUUUAAAAAAGUUGGCCAUUGCUGCAAUCCAGCCUGCAUUUACCAGGAAGUGACCCCAUAAACUCAGUAGGACUGACUUCUGGUUAGCAUUGUGCUGCAAUGUUUUGCUCUUGUCUGGUGCUGCAAUAGCCCUGUCUUGGCUGCAGGGACAUAGGAAGCUGUCUUGUCCUGGGUCAGACUCUUGUUUACAUUGAGUAGCAUUGGCUCUCCAGGGUUUCAGAGAGGUGUUUCUCCAGCCCUACCCAGAUAUGCUGGGAAUUGAACCUGGGACCUUCUGCAUGCAAAACAGUUGUUCUACCACUGAGCUUUGGCCAGCAGCUUGCCAGAUGCAUCCUAGGCUUAGGGCUGUUGAAUAACACUUGGGCUAGUAUGGAGUAUAAAUGUAUUAACAUAGUCCAAGUGGAAUUCUUUGAUCCACGUGUGUGUGUGUGUGUGUGUGUGUGUGUGUGUGUGAGACUAUUUCUGUUGAAGUUGGUAGAAUGAAUGUUCAUGAUUUGAUUUGACUUGUCAUCUUUUCUUCCAGGUUUGGGAGGCACUUUGAAUCCCCUCUACUGUUGCAGAGCAUCAUUAUGAUAAUUACAAUGUUACUGAUGCUGAAACUGUGCACUGAAGUACGUGUGACAAAUGAGCUGAACAUAAAACGGCGCUCCUUUUCAGGUUAGUUGAAGCCCUUGGCCAGUGAUCCUAUGUACUGUCCUUCCCUUCUGCAUUUGCAGUUGGGGUUUUUUUUUGUUACUGAACUGUAAUUUGGCACAUGUUAUAUAAAACUGUCUUUAAAAUAAUAAUAAUCCUGUACUAAAAGAACAUUCAGCCUGACUUGUGGUAAGGGGCUGGUUUUUUUUGAAAUUUGUUAUUUGUUUUUAAAAUGCUUUGUUAUGAAUAUGUCAAAUCCUAUUCAGUAGCUGGCAUCAUGUUUUGUUGCAAAAGUUAAUUCAAUUGAGCUCUGGGUUAAUUGCAGAACAAAAUGGUAUUUUGCCUGUAGGAGAAGGGUGGUCUCACUUUUUGAUCUCCAAUCCUAAGAGCAACCUGAUACUUUCCAGGUUGUAGUUUUACCGUAAUUUGUUUUGAUUACGUCUUUGUUGGUUGUCAGUUUGUUUUGAUUCUUCAAUAUAUGCUUAAUUAAAAAAGAAAAUGCUGCAAUCCUAAAAUGCAAGAUAGCUGCCUUAAUUUAUGAAUUGCUUGGCCUAGGGCAUUUACAUUUUCUAAUGAAAUAUGCUAUGAGAUAAUGUGAGAGAAUGAAGCAUAUUGUAGCACAAAACUCACUCUGUGUGCUUGUAUUUGGGUCAGAUGGGGGGGAUCCUUUGGAGCUUUUCUUCUGAAUGCUGGCACCAUGGAAAUGAUCAGCACAAGGUAUUCCUUGACUGUAUUCAUUCAUUUGCAUAUAAUGGAGAAAUACCCUUUUCCCCAGGAGGAAUAAGGAAAGGUGGUAGGAAGAGAUGCUUUUCUGUUAAUUCCAAUUUAAGUAUCUUUUAAGAAGAUAACUUUGGGAAGCUGGAAAUAAAUGUUGAAAUUGCGAGCAACUUCUGCUCUGCUUUUGUAUGGACUUUUGGGGGGUCAUGGCUGAAAUUCGAUAAAUAAAAGUUUCCCCCUCACAUUUUCUCCAUCACAUUGAUAUAGUUAUCAGGCCAACAGUGCUGGACUAGAAGAGCCAUUCCUUCUGCUGGGUUCCUUUUUGCUCUGGAAAUAAUUCUCUUUACAAGUCCAGCCUAACCCAAAAAAAUAUCAUAGGGCUCAUACAAGUGCAACUUCCAGCUGCUUUAGAGCUAAAUUAGAUGUGGUGUUAAUUGUGUGAAUGCAAAUAAUGUGCAUGCAUUUUGUUAUGUAAAUAGGAGCCACAGGAAAGCCUGAGCAGGUUUGGGGUCAUGAAGGGUGAGGAGGGGUAGUUUAACUCUUUAUUUCCCAGCCACAGUCCUAGUAAGAAGGCCUCUGUUUAAUGCUGUUUGCAAUUAAGGGAAAGCUUCCAUUGGAUUCUCACACUGAUUGCUGUUUACACAACAAGAACCUGCACAUUUAAUUGUGUUUGCACAAUUAAUAUCAUGUCCUGUUUCACCUUUGUGGUAAUACUUUACUUUCUGGAGCAAUGUGUACAGAGAGCUCCCAUUUCAAAACCCUGUUGGCGUCUGUUUCCUCAAAAUUCAAGACUUUGAAUCUUGGAAUGUAUCACAGUUGAUCUGUGAGUUUCUGAUAUGCCUGCUAUGUUGCUGCUGAAGAAGAAGAAGAAGGAGAAGAAGAAGAAGGAGAAGAAGAAAGAAAAUGAACACCUGAAACACCCCUGUAGCAAACACUAAGGCUACAGUUCUAUAUAUGAUUACCUUGGUAUAAGUCCCACAACUCAAUGAGGCUUGCUUCUGAGUAGACAUAUAUGUAAUUGUGAUCUGUCUGUUUUUGCACUUAAUUGACUAGCCUGUACUAGCUAGGUCACUGUGUUCCAGUGUCGAAAAGCUGUACAGUUCAGAUUUGAUAUCCUGAGUGUGAGUGUGUGUGGUGUGUGUGUGUGUGUGUGUGUGUGUGUUGUGUGGUGUGUGUGUUUGUAGCCCAGGUAUUAGAAUGCAAAGUUAGGCUAGCCAAUGUGCAGGUAGAAUCAAGGUUAAUUCAGCCAUGGAGCUGACUAGAACAUUGAUUUUGUUGUUGCCUUAGAAGAAGCAAAAUAAAGUAACAGAACCUCUGCAAGCAUAUUAAAUUCCUUGAUUUGCAAAACUUUCAUUCAUAAUUCAUAAUUUACAGAACGCAGAAUUGAGGUAGCUGCCCAGAAUUAAUUGUGUUAAGCACAGAAUAUACACAAUCAUGGCUAUAGAGUUUAAAUUAAGUAAUUGUUGGUUUUGUAGCACUCUGAGGAAGUGUGUGCAACUGUUUAUCUCAAGUGGAGUGAAAUAACAAAGAAUCCAAUAUUCUGUAACUCACUGAAGUUUGAACAUGGAACAUGCAAUGUGCAUGGUCACUGAUUUACAAUCAAGCCAUCUAUCCCUAAGUAAUGUUUAUCAAAAUGCUGAGGGUAAACUAUUUCAUGCUGUUUUAACUUCCGUAAGCCUUAUAGUGAAACAUUCUGUUAAAUUUUCUUUAAGAGUAGUGUAAAAAGACAACAUAAUUCAUGUUUGGUAUUGAUGUAUAUACUGCAUUAAAUACUUGCUCAAGCUGUGGAUUCUCUUAUGUUUAUGUAAAUAUAUAUUUCAGAUUAUUUCUCAUAUGUUUUUUAAGCAGUGCGUUGUGACUCAGUUAUUACUGUAUCUAGCUUCAAAAUCCAGGGGAGAAUGUCUUGUAGACAGCACAGGUACUAAAAUAACCAAAUCCUUCCAGCAUGACUACCAGCAAGAUAUACUAACCCUGAACUAAUUUAGAGUAAAUUAAGAGGCUGGCUAUUAUAUGGAGUCAACUAGUCUGUUUUGUCUUUGCUUUCUCUUCAAUGUUUUAAUGUAGCUGCAGAUAGUAAGGAUGAAGAAAUCAAAACACCUCCCAAGAGAUCCUUUCUGGGUAUGUACUUUACAAACCCAAGCUGCAUGAGGUUGCCAUCUGAACACCAUCUGUUCUUCACUGCUUUUUAUUUUUACUUUUUGCCCUUUUAAUAUUUUUGUCGUGUUAGAAAUGAAUGCAUGAUUAUCAUUUCUACGAAGACGAUGCCUGUGCUACAUUUUUCAUAAUAAUAAAAUCCCACUUCAGUUUUAACACUGACUGAGGAAAAAGAUGCAUUCAGGUUUGCUCCUCAAGCAAGUUUUUACUCUUUUCCACACAUUUUAUCUUCAAAAUAUUAUUCUAUGUUAGUUUCCUGGCCAAUUUUUAGGUCCCUUGAUGUGCACAUUCUUAAUUGAUCUUUAUUCCCCUUUUUUAUGCACUCAGUAAUAAUGUUGUAUUCUUCUCAUGCCUGAAGUUCAAGAGUAAGAGUACCAUAGCCAGGUUGUUUCAACUUCCCUUGCCAGCAUCUGGUAAAUUGUAGGAGAUGGAAAAUAAAAUCCAGGUGAUUUAUGAGAUAUGGCACCUGCAGAUGUUGCUAUUGCAUUUUAGAGCUGAACAGAUGGGUUUCUGUGUGACAACUCUGCCACAGAGAUUAAAUAUAAUCCAAGCCUAUAAUAGGUUUGAAUCUGUUGCAAGACUUGAAGCAGCCAGAAGAGAAUGGAUUGCAAUAGUAGGCACUUUUUUAAGAGGCUGCAAAGUAUUUUACAUUCCUUACAUUUUGGAAUUGGAGGAAAUAACAUUUUCUCAGUGUGCAAGUUUAAUUAUUCUAUUGUUCAGAACAUUUUCUGCUGCAUCUUUUUCCAAAAAGGAUUUUUCUUUUUUGCAAAACCUUUGCUGCAUCUUUUUUUGUUCUUUGAUUUCCAUCAUUAGCUUGUAGUGAUCUUUACCAGUGUGCUGUGCAAAGAUCUACUAACUCACAGGAUGUAAACUUGGUUCAAACUCCCUGUUUACAUUUCUGCUUCCUGUCUUAUUUGUGGUGCAUGGUUGAAAACAAUAAUAUGUUGAAGGUUAGAAAUAUUAUUCAUUUGUCUUUUUUCCUGUAGCACAGAAAAAGCUUACUAAAGUUCUCUUAUUAGCAAGUGUUUCAAGUUAAAAAAAUAAAUAAUACAGCCUGAGAAAGUUAAGUGUUGCAUUAAUGCAUAUUUAUUUAUCAAUAUUCAAAUAGCAGACUUGCCAGCUAAUUUCAGUAUCAAUCAGGGCAUGUGCUGGGAGUCACACAAACCUGGUUCAAGGUUUAAAUGAAAAUGUGCACUCUGUGAAUGUGUGGAAAAGUAAGUGCUUUAGCAAAACUUGCAGAUUGUGGGGGGCAAAAAGCCAAAUAUUUUUCCUUAGUGGCUCAAGUGUGCUUACAGACCUGGCUCCAGCUCAUUAAAAUGGGUGUGCGAGUUCUCAAAAUGUCUACUUGAAAUGGAUAUGUAGCCUUCAAAGGUGAAGAAGAGCUUUGCCAGUUAUGCUUUCAUGCCAGAAUCUGUGACUCAGCACACUCUGUAUAGUCGCUUGCAGUAGCGGACAACUGAUAAUGAAGUGUGGUGGCUUGAAGGAGAUGGGUCCUUCGUCCUAUAAAAAUGAGAAUGAUGCAGCCUGUGCACCAGAGGAUAUGAAAAUGACUCUUACCUAUAAACAAUAGGCAACAUUUCAGCCACACAAAAAUCAGAGGGUGAUGUAUGUAUGCAUAUUAAUAUGUGGCAUUUUAUAUAUGUGUGAUAUCUGUGUUUGUGUGUGUUGAGGAGGCCGUGGAGCAGGGCCAGUGAGGGGUGUGACCUGGGAUGGGGCAUGAUCUGGGCAGAGUCCUGAGGGUCAGGUGGUACUUGGGGCUCAACCUCAUGGACCAGUGCCUUAGAAUGCCACUGGUGGGCAUGGUGUUGUGAUGUUGCCUACUGAUGAUAUUGCCUGGGGUGGAUGCAAAGGGAAGGAACCAAGUAAUGGCCAGCGAGGUGAAUGAUUUGCAUAUUGCUGCCAUGCCAUUCAGAUCAAUGUUAUACAUUCUCCCACACUGUGCAUGUUGCCAACCAGUUGGGAAGGAUCAUGUGACAUUCCUCACUUUGCUGGCUGAGAAGCUGCGGUGCAAAGAUCUUCCUGAGACAAAAACUUUUCUAUAAUGGGAUUCCUGAAUACAGGGAAGGACAAUUAAGUUAAAGAGAACUAUUAAUCAUAUUCUGGGGUGGUUUGUUUCCUCUUUCUGUGAGCAACAACUUGUUUUUUCUCAUAUUUAAAGCAUUUUUUAUAUCUAAAUUGUGUGUGCGUCGAUUGAAUUAUGAGAGUUGUUUAUGCCUGCAUAUUGCAGAAUGCACUUUAAAAUGUAUGUGUUGCUAAAAUAAAUACUUUCCUUUUUCCCCCCUUGAAAUUGGUUAAACCAGAGCUUUUAGGUGAUAAAACAGUUUUGUAAAGUGCUGUUAGCUCAAAGAAGGAUGUGUUCCACUUUAUCUGAGUAUCCGUUGUCCUUGGAAACUGUCACUACUAUUUCACGCUAUAGUAUAUUAGAGUGACAAUGUUACCUAGGGGGUUUAGAUGAAUAGAAGUUCAGUAAACCUGAUAUAUGAUAUUGGAGCUGUCAUUUGGUAUUACCUUCCAGUCACAAACUGAGCUACUUCCUUAUGCUCUCUGAGGUCCCUCUUGAGCAUAUUUGUCAGCAGUCUAGCAAACCACUUAGUGUCAUUGAUUCUUCUACACCCAAAAAGAAAAAUUAGGAGAACAAUUUUAACUAGUACUUUAUUCUGAAACUGGACUAUUUAUUUUCUUAAGCGUAUGGGUAGCUUUCUGUUUUCGAAUAGAAACAACUUAGGAAACAAAUGAGGAGCAAAAAUAAUGAAUAAAACAUUUCAAGCAAAUUGUAAUAUUCAAAUUAAGCCUUUGGUCCUCUUAAUAAAUUAACAGAGUAUUUUUUUAUUUUGAAAAAACUUGAUCCCCCCCAUUACAUUGUUUAACUCAUAAGUGCUAGUGAUAUUUUGAAGGUGAUUAAUGUUUUCCUUUAAAACAACAAGUUACCGUAUUUUUCGCUGUAUAGGACGUACUUUUCCCCCCUCCAAAAAUGAAGGGGAAAUGUGUGUGCGUCCUAUGGAGCGAAUGCAGGCUUUUGCUGAAGCCUGGAGAGCGAGAGGGGUCGGUGCGGAGUUCCUGCCGGGCUCCGAAGGCUUGCGGAUUGCAGCCUGAAGCCCGGGGAGCGCAGCGCCAACUCCCGCUGCGCACCCCGGGCUUCAGGCAGCUAUCCGCAAGCCUUCAGAGCCCGGCAGGAGUUCCCGCCAGGCUCAGAAGGCUUGCGGAUAGCAGCAAGCUCUGGGAGCGAUAGCAGCAAGCUCCAACCUUGCCUUUGCUCCCAGACCCGUUCUGGGGGCUGGGGUCGGGGGGAACUCGGGCUUCCCCCGCCCUAGCCCCGCAGCUAAAAACAAAGCCAAGACAGCGAGUGGGAUCCAUCCCGCUCUGUCUUGGCUUCUGCCAAAGUCGCACGCAGCCUCUCCCGGCUGGAGAGGUGGUGCGCGGCUAAAGAGGAAGCCAAGACAGCCAGCGGGAUGGAUCCCACUCGCUGUCUUGGCUUCUUUGCUCUUUGGGGCUGGGGGGGAGGAAUAAUUUUUUUUCUUUAUUUCCCCCCCUAAAAACUAGGUGCGCCCUAUGGAGCGAAAAAUACGGUAUACACUUGUAACAUGUUUGGAUUAUCAUCUUAGAAGAAUCAUUCUCUGAAUCAAGAGAAUGCUAGAUGUUUACAACAAUGCUCUGAACAAAUUAGUCAUUUGUUAAUGCUGUUGUGGAUUUAGUGUCACAGGUGAGAUGAAAAGUUUGCUUGACCGCUAACAUAGUUCUCAUAGGCCUCCUACCAACCCCAGCCAGCUGAUUUGGUAAUUACCAAGGAAAUUGGAUAACUAGAGUCUCUAGAUUUUGAGAAGCUAAGUUCCUUGUAUUAUAUGGAUCUAGUUAUGAUAUCUCAUGGCAGUUCAUGGAUACCCUGCUGCAGUAUCUAGCCAUUCUUGGUUGCCAUCAAAAUUCCUCAGUUGUGUUUGCGAUCUGCACAUAGAGGAUAAUACUAGACCUCUUAUCCCGUUCCACUAGUCAUAAAGUGUGUUCAAAUUACCAUGCUCAAGAUUAUCAGCAUCUCUGUGGCGCAGUGGGUCAGUGCGUCUGGCUGUUAAUCAGAAGGUCAGUGGUUCAAGCCCACCCAGGGAUGGCUGCAGGCAAGAUUCCUGCAUUGUAGCAGGUUGGACUAGAUCACCCUUGGGGUCCCUCCCAACUCAGUAGUCUAUGUUUCAAUGAUUCUGUCUACACCUCCAUGAAUAUAUAAUGCUAGUGUGCUAAUACUGCAUGCAGUUUGGUUUUGGGGGGCAGGUUCAAACACUAUUGUCUACAUAAGGAUCAAUAUUGUCGGGAAGGGCAACCAAACCAACUACCUCCAAACCAGUCCUCAUGCUUUUAUCAUUCGUGAACCUUCUACUUCCUCGAGGAAAUACCUGUCAUAUGUAAUUUUAUUGCUGGGGUAGCCAAUGUGGUACCUUCUAGAUGUUGUGGGUUUAAGUUUCUAUCACCCCCAGCCAUUACGGUCAAUGGUCAAUAAAGAUGGGAGUUGUAGUCCACAAUAUCUGGAAUGCCCCACAUUGGCUAUUCCUGUUUUUAAAGUGUGAUGUAAUUAUGAACAUUUGUAAUGGGACCAUUUUCCAUCUCCAGGACUGGAGUAUUAGGGCGCUUGUUCGUACUGGCUGCUGCCAACUCAGCACGGGAGUGCUAUAUAUUUUAAUCAUAAAAUUUUAUUUAUAUAGUGCUUUAAAAUAGUGUCAUGGUGCUGGUAUUUUCUCCCUUUUUUGCCUUAAUCCGUCUUCCUUGGUUGUUUUUUAAACGAUUGCUAUAUAUGUGGGGAGAGAAAAUUACUGCUGCAUUUAUAUGUUCCAAGUUAUACAUGUGUACAAAUUUAAAAUGAUAGGAUGUACUGAGGAGCUGGGGGGGGGAAGCUGUGCUGAUUUAAAAACAACCAGGUGGCACCACUCACCUCUUCCUGUGUUUUUAAAAUGAUCUGUCCUCACUUCCUCCACCAAUUUCCUUUCCUUUCUCGUCUCCAUCUGCUGAAAUCAUCAGCCAGCUUCCAGUUAUGAAUGUUAAUUUAGUUACCAUUUCAUAGAGAUUAAUGAGGGUCAAAGCGUUUGUGUUGUUUGAGAGCCACUGCUUCAGGCUCCCUCAAGAAGAUGAUCCUCACUUAGAUAUAUGGAAUUAAAUAUGUGACUGCCUUAAUUGGUUGAUACCAGAACACAUGAAUAGUUCAACAGUGGAUUAUCUUGCUUCUGCCGUGUAUUGCAAGGUCCUACUUUAAGCAGUUACAGUUUUGGAGCUCAGCCUGUUGUUCCUUACCACUUUCUUCUGUUACUAGAAGCCAAAAUAGUGAACCAAUUAACAUAUUACCCAUCAAAGCAAACAAGAGAGAGAGAGAGAGAGAGAGAGAGAGAGAGUCUAAGUCCAUUAUUUGAGUUCAGCUGAGGUGCUUCUCUUGCUAGCAUUCCUUUCCUUUUCCAUACCCAAUGAUGAGACUAAGCACAGCAUCCAGUUGUUUUGGAAUUCAGUCUGAUUCUUAAUUUCAGGAAUCUUCCAUCCUGAAACUGGUCAAAAUAAGGAGAUGGAAAAGGAAGAUGACUGUGAUUAAUUCCAGACACAGAUCAUAUAAGUGCUGAUGAUGUAAAGUCUUGCACUUUGAAAGAGCACUUGGUUUUGAUUUCAAAAAAGAGCAUUUGUGGGUAACAGGAAACAUUCCCCGCCCCCCUGCAAGAGUGAAAUGAGGUCUUAUUAGAAAAGAAAAGAAAAUCCCAAUUAAACUUUUAGAAAAGAUGCAACUGCUGUAUCUAACCACAUGGGGGUGCUCUUAGAUCUUGAAACUACUGUUUUCAGUUUGUAUAAGUUAAACUAAAAGAAGCAAUUUCAGCUCUUAAGGGAAAACAAGAACCAAUAUUCUCUGGUAUUCAGGGUUCUGAUAGUGGAUGUAAUUGGUAGAUGUAGCUCAUCUGCAGCAUUCAAAUGUUAGGAUUUACAGAAUAGGGGAGGGACGAAGAAAGGAGGAAAUUGAUUUGAUUUUUUAUAUUUGGAAAAAAUGUACAAAUGCAGCCAUUAAAUAUUGAAAGCAUUUAUGUAAGCAUGAUGAGUAUACAUUUAGGAUAAAAUUUAUUGGAGCCAAAUUACUGUGAUUUUUGGAGUAAAAAACCCCCACCACGAAUAACUAGAGAUUAAACCUGUUGGAAGUAAUGUGAUCACAGCCCUGAAUUUUCUUCACUUUGCACUGCUUCAGUGGGCACAAUAGGAAGAACAGGCUGUACAGUGGUUGUAUUUCCAUGCCUUGGAGGAUUUUUCACUGCCCCUGCCACCGCUACCCUUUCCCACUUUCCAAGAUAAAAUAUUCUCUGGAGACUCAGCUUUGUCAAAUAGCAGGUACAGUGGUACCUGCUUCAGGUUACAGAUGCUUCAGGUUACAGACGCUUCAGGUUACAGACUCUGCUAACCCAGAAAUAGUACCUUGGGUUAAGAACUUUGCUUCAGGAUGAGAACAGAAAUUGUGCGGCCGACCUCCGGAACAAAUUAAGUUCUUAAGCCGAGGUACCACUGUAUUUUAGAUGGCAAACAGCUUUCUGUUUAUAAGAACAUACUUACGGCCUAAUUCAGGUGGUGGCAUUGCAAGAUUAGUUACAUUUCAAAAUCAUAGGCAUAUUUAGCUUGUAUGUUAUUACAUAUAUGUUAAAUAUGCUAAUGCUUUUGAAAUAUAUCACCUCCUGCAAGUACUGUCACUGCUACCAUCUGUAAUAUUGUCACAUGCAAAAAAGCACCCAGAAAAGAUGGGACCAGGAUGUGACCAAUUCCCAAAGGGUGUGCCCCUAUAGUACUCUCCAGCUAUUUUGCUGUAUUGUUAGUAUUAUGCUACCACAGUGCUGGCUCAUACAUUAUAGCCCUGAUAUUCGAAAACCAUUGCAAGGAAACAAUUUGCUCAUGAAAUCCCUUGGAAGUGGAGCAUGUUAUAGGACAUGUAUUGUAGGCCAAGUAUAGAACAGGGAGAAAUUAUUUGAACAUUGACUUAUUUGGAUCUAUCCUAAGAAAAGAUCAAAACAACCUGGAAGAAAGCAAAAACUGGUCUUGCUGAGACCUAGAAUGCAGAAGAAACUGCUGACAUUUUCAAAUGUCUAGUCUCAAUGUGGCAUAUUAGAGAUGUGGUGCAUCUUACUACAGCAUCUGGGCCUUAUGUAAUCUUCCCAGCAGAGCAGAAAAAGCUCUCUUGAAAUUAAAUAGUAUUUGCCUGCAAUGAUUAAAUUAAAUAGCUGUGCCAUAUGUAUGCAUCUUCCUAUAUUAAUACAUUGGUGGUGAUUCCUUCUCUCUACUCGGAAGCAAAGGCAAAGUACAGUGGUACCUCAGGUUACAUACGCUUCAGGUUACAUACGCUUCAGGUUACAGACUCCGCUAACUCAGAAAUAAUGCUUCAGGUUAAGAACUUUGCUUCAGGAUGAGAACAGAAAUCGUGCUCCGGCGGUGCAGCGGCAGCAGGAGGCCCCAUAAGCUAAAGUGGUGCUUCAGGUUAAGAACAGUUUCAGGUUAAGAACGGACCUCCGGAACGAAUUAAGUACUUAACCCCAAGGUACCACUGUAUAGAAGAUGCAUAACAAAUUGGAGCAUUCAUUAAAAAGGCAAGUUCUCGUUGAGUAUAUUUCUUUUUCCUUUAUCUUUAACAGAUAAAGCAACAAACAGCACUUCAGACAAAUUUUUUCUGGAUCCUGGUAGGAUCCAGUUCUGAGAACCACAGCCUGUUAAAUUGCUAAAGACAUGCCAACAGAUCCAGCAAUGUUAGCAAAAAGGGAUGUACACAACUGGGUGGACACUCUGGACCCACGUGACCUCAAUCUAGAUGAUAGUACUAGCAUCACGUGGCUUCAGCAAAUGAGGAUCUUUCUAAUAGCCCACCUUCAAAGCUCCAGAACUGCCACCUUGGAAACAGCAUCAUUUUAAUCAGAGCAAGGGAUGAAGCAGAAGCUGAAAUGGUUUGCUGUUAGGAUUUAAAAUUUGUUUUGUUAGUCACUGUAAUAUGCGUGUGGGUGUAUGUAUUUAUUUUCCAUUUGCACUUUUUACACCUAGCUUCUCAAAAUGUUUCACUGGAUUUCAUUUCCGUAGGCUUUGUCCCAACAAAGCUUCUGGGUGCUCAGGUGGUUGUUAAAAUGGACUCGGUAUACACUAGGUCAUGGGUAAACAAACUAAGACCCGGGGGCCGGAUCCAGCCCAAUCGCCUUCUAAAUCCGGCCCAGGAAUCAGCGUGUUUUUACAUAAGUAGAAUGUGUGCUUUUAUUUAAAAUGCAUCUCUGGGUUAUUUAUGGGGCAUAGGAAUUAGUUCAUCCCCCCCCAAUAUAAUCUGGCCCCCCACAAGGUCUGAGGGACAGUGGACCAGCCCCCUGCUGAAAAAGUUUGCUGAUCCGUGCACUAGGUUGUUUUACUCCACUCUCUUCCCCAUUCUUCCUUUCUCAGCAGUGAUCUUCUUGACUCAUAUUUCAGGAUGCUAACAGAGUAAGCAUCUUAAAGGUGGGUUCAGAGUUAGCAUCUUGAACAGGGGUCAGCAACCCUUUCCAGCUGUGGGCCGGUCCACCGUCCCUCAGGCCAUGUGGUGGGCCAGACUAUAUUUUUUUGUGGUGGGGGGAAUGAACGAAUUCCUAUGCCCCACAAAUAACCCAGAGAUGCAUUUUAAAUAAAAGGACACAUUCUACUGUGAAAACACGCUGAUUCCCGGACCGUCCGUGGGCCGGAUUGAGAAGGCGAUUGGGCUGCAUCUGGCCCCCAGGCCUUAGGUUGCCUACCCCUGAUCUUGAAGGUAUGUUCAAAGCACAAUCUUGGGUUUAUCCUUUUUUUUUGUUGGCAGUAUAUGCUAAGACUCAUCUCUGGUCAGUAUGAAAUAGAUGUUGAAAGCUAACUGGAGGAUCAGGGAGCCAUUCAGGAUCGAGGAGGCAAGUCUUAAGGAAAUGGCUUGGGAUCCAAUGGAUAUCUGCUGAGCCUGGGACAUUCCCAGCACAACCAGGCUAUGCUGGUGUAAACUCCGCCCCCCACCCCCUUGGCUCAGCUUGGCAUACAUUGGCAUAUUCCCCCCCCCCCCAUUCGACUGAGCCAAGCCCAGUGAAUUUAAAGCCUUUACCUCCACAGCUACUGGAGUUCUGCUCUGGGUACCUCUGAAUCCGACUCAGUGCCUUUACUGGGUCCCACAACCAGCUCCCACACAGCUUGGGAACAGGGGUCAGAAUUUCUAGUACAGUGGUACCUCGGUUUACGAACUUAAUCCUUUCCUGAAGUCUGUUCUUAAACCAAAACUGUUCUUAAACCAAGGCAGGCUUUCCCUUCUGAGGCCUCCCGCCACCAGUGCCCUUCCACUGUUCAGAUUCCAUUCUUAGACCGAGGUAAAGUUUGCAAACAGGGACACUACUUCCAGUUUUGCGGAGUUUGUAAACAGAAUUGUUCGUAAACAGGACCGUUCUUAAACAGAGGUACCACUGUAUAGGAAACAGUAGGUCCAGCCAUCUCUGCUUUUCAGAGUCAAACACUGCCUGCUAAUGUUUAGAAAUAUUAUGACCAUAGAACUUUUAUCUGUUUCUGUGUCAAGUGAAUGGAUGAAACAGUUGAUAAGCUGAAGAAAAGCCCUUUUUAAACCUGCCUGGCUUCUCUUCUAACCCCCCCCCCCCCCGUUUCAAGCAAGCAAAUAGAUCAAUAAAAGGGAUCCGACAAAUCUCUCCUGAAUAAAAAUUCUUAUUCAUUAUGAGAAAGCACUUCAAAACACAUUAGUUGAGAAUGCUAUCCAUACAAUUUCGGAGCUUAACUCUACUUUGUGUGGAAGUUUGUGGGGUAUUUAUUUCUAUUUAAAUUUACUGAGAAACAUUAACUUUUUCUUUUGACAGUUUUAAUUGAGCUCUCGACGGUCUUCUGCCCUCUCCUGCUGCCGAAUCCUGUAUUUUUAACACACUCUUUCUGCUACCCAAUUAUUUUUCCGCUGACAGUGAUGAGUAUGCAUCUUUCUUAUUUUGCCAGGACUUCUUAACCUUGAAAUCUCUUUUGAUAGCACAAACCUUCUCCCUCUCCGCCAACUGUUAGAGAAAUGGGAUAAACACAAGUUCAGUCCUGCUGUGAAGGCUUUCUGAGCUUGCUGACUCGCUGAGGCUUAACCUCCUUAUGUUUGCACAGUGUUUUUCCAACUUUCAACUUCCUUCCUUUUGUCUAACUCAUUACUGUUCAGGAGUCAAUAUUUUCUUUUCUGUGUAGGUUUUGCAUCUGGAUUUAAUAACAGAUUACAAUAAAAUAUUUUACUAAGCACCUGGUACCACGUCUCCUAACAGAAAACUCAGGUGGUAAGUGCUGACAGGACUGUAGCUAAAACUGGACUAAUCAGAAAAGGAGGUUCUAGUAUGUUUGGGAAAACCCAAAGUAAUACUUAGCAAAAAAACUUAAAGGAGGGUAGCUCCUCCCAUGACAGUCCAAUGGAGAUGGUACAUACUUAGUGUUCGCAAAUGCAGUGUGUCUUGGAAAUAAAAUCAGAAAACUGCAUUUGGAACAGGAGAGUCCAUUUAGGUGUCCCCCCCCCAAUUUUUUGUACAGCGGUACCUCUGGUUGGGAACGCCUCUGGUUGUGCACACUCCAGGUUACGAGCUCCACUAACUCAGAAGUAGCUGCUCCUGGUUGCGAACUUUGCCCCAGGAUGCAAGCGGAAAUCACGCACCAGAGGCGCCAAUAGUGAAAGCGUGCCUCAUGUUAUGAACAGUUUCCGGUUACGAACGGACCUCCGGAAUGGAUUCCGUUCGUAACCAGAGGUACCACUGUAUUUGAAACAAUAGCAUAGGAAGCAAAGUGUCAUAUCCCUCAGCUGGGAUUUAGAAUCUUACCAUGGCUACAGGAUCUAGUUUAUUCUUGCAUGUCUCUACAAGGCCAUGAAAACAUUUUGCAGGUAGUUGACCUUGGGAAGUAAGAUCAGUUUCGCAUUUGAGGUCAUAUAACUUAGUCCUGCAGGCUGAAGCCUCACUGCAUUUCUGUACGGGCUGGACAGUUCACAUCUGUGCUGUCGCCCAUAUGACGUUCUAUAUUCAAUGUAGUAAUUUAGAAUAGAUAAUGCUAUCAAUAAACAAGCAGUCAUAUUUGUGCAAUAUCAAGCAACUGAAGUAAAGCGCUAACUGACAGGCUAGUUUGUAAGAUUGUCUUCAGCUUAAAGAUAUAGUAACACAUGUCAUCACAACAUUGAUGAAUCCUGCCCCAAUGUCCUCAGCUACAGUAAAGCCUGAAUCUUGGGGAUCAUCUGCUCUUGAUUUGGUUUAAUUGCCAGCAUAAUCGUUUACAGAUCAGAUUUAGCGACACUCUGGUCUAAGUUUGUUUGAGAUACAACAGCCAUUUUGUUCUCAAGUCCCCUUGCUGGGAUAAAGAGAGAUUUUUAUUAUUUUUAUGUGGAUUGAGAUAAAGUUUUAGUUUUUUCUUUUUUCCAGAUUUGACUCCUUUCCUUAUUUUUGACUGCUUUUCUUACUGCCUGAUCUACCAAUAAAAGUAUCCCAAUGAAGUACAAAAGCAAAGUUAGAUGGCAAAUUACAGCACUCACAGAGAAGAGCUCAACUCUCAGACAACCAGCACAUGAGCUGAUGUCAUCUCUCCCCCCCCCCCAUUUAUUGAUUUAUAUUUGGCUGUUGGUGCUGCUGUGCCUUGUUGAUGUGCUACAAAUGUUAAAUGAUGGUAGGUUCAGAAUACAAAUACAUCAUUUUGUUUCUAACAUUUUUUUGCAGCUGCUUUAGAAACCUGGGUGUAAGUGCCUUAACAAAAAUACCCAUUUAGCCCUUUUGUGAGUGUAACUGGCUUUCAACGCCAAACUGCUUGUGAAUUCAUAUUUUGUUGUUUCAUGCAUUCCUGAAUUACAAAGACUGGAUUAUAGAAUAAUCCAUUGAAGCUUUAAAGAGUUUCCAUACAGACAUGUAGAAAAAAGGUGUUAAAACAGAGCUUUACCAGGUACACUCUAUACAUUUUUGGUUUUAGCAUUAAAAUAAUAAUAAUACAGCUAUGUACAGAGUGAUUCCUAAGAAGGUAAUGCUGCUGCCUCAGAAUUUGAAGUCUCUAUAGCCCUAGUUUUAAUUAUUUGUAUUCACUAUUCCUAUCUUCAUAACUCUGCACCUUUAAGGCUUUCUAAGGCAUGAGAGCUGACACUAAGUGGAGCUCUCCAUUAAAAUUUAGGGAGCAAUACUAAGCAUUGGAAGCCAGUGUAAUUUACAGCGCCUUACAUUAAGCUGGCAUAAAGUACACCAGAGCCAAAAUCUGUUUGGUAGUGGGGCUACUGCUGGCUCAGACAACCGAAGCCUACAGGGAGGAAACAAGCCUUUAAAAUAGAGUUUGACCUACACCAUCCUUUCUGCUAGUGCACCUACCUCAGGAUUGCUGGGUCAUGUGACCAAGCUGAUCAAUGUUAAGAUCUAGAGUCAGUCUGCCCUGCCUUGUCCUUGUCCCUCCCCUUGAACACCCAAUUUUCAGGGCUCACAGUCCCACAACUUCUGCUGGUUUUGCCCUGGCUAAAUCAGGAUGGGGGAGUUAUGCUGGCAUAUUUAAAAUAACUAUUUUAAAAUUCAAAUUUUGGGGUAGAUUAAAAGAUUUGCAGAUUGACAUAGAAAUAGAACAACAUGCACUUAUGAGUGGAAACAUGCAAAGUAACAUGACAUGGAAAUACUGUUUUAUCCAUCUAUACUUAGAAAAUAAUCAAGGUAAAAAAAAUAGCUGUUGAGCGUUUUUCUUGUAUCUUUGCUUGUGUGCCGUUGUAUUUUCCGGCCAUAUUUGCCCCAUUACUAUAGACUUGAGCUCUACAAUCACCGAGAGGAAUAGCAUGUUCUUUCGAGGUAUCAGUUAUCAAUGGAGCAAUUUCUUCCCCUCUUUUGUUGCUACAUUCUACAGACUUGAGAGAUCUUACUGGAAUCUCAUGCUGCGUUUCUUUUAAACGUACAUACCUCAAAAGAAAUGUUCAAUGUGGGAAGAAUCUGGUGUGGAAUCUACUAUUGCUGCAAAGUACUUUGCAGAUAGCCUCUCAAGCAAAAUGUGUUGUUUCUCAAGAUUCAAACUUGAUUGCCGCUGUCUUUUGGGAAUGUUUUAAGCAGAGGAAUGUGACUAUUUGUAAUAUACUCUCUUAAUUUUCUCUUGAGAUGGAAUCUCAGUGGUGAUACAUCCAAUGUCAAGGCCUACAUUGUGAUCACGCCUCUCAUCUUCCAAAUUUACUUCCAUAUGUGUCUGUAUGUCUGUUUCUUUCUGUUUUCCAUUUCCUGCAUCUGCCCCUUCAUCAAAAUCCUGUACAUGAUUAACCAAAUCAACUGCUCCUCAUAUGGUGAUGAGGUUUCCAACAGUUUCCUCUUGCUUCAAUUCUAUAGGUGAGUUCAUUGAAUAAAUGUUUUGAUGCCACACUCAAUCCACAUGGAAAGAGUGUUGACCCCCCCUCCCCCUUUUCAUUUUUCUUGUAUUUUCUUUGCUGGCCUCCUAAUUCAUGAGAAUACAUUUUGGAGAGAUGAUUUAUAAAUUAAUAUUUUUAUAUCUUUAAAAAGGGAAGAUAAAAAGACAAAUAUUAUAUACUAAUAAUUUAGUAGUAGUAGAAGUAGUGGUAGCAGAUUAGUAGUAAUAUUUCUGUACUUUAGUAUUCAAAAUUCUACCAUAUCUGGUACAUUAGUACCAAAUGUGGCAAUGCUGUGUUAGACUCUGUCAUAAAAUAGUACUGAAGCUGUUGCCAUGGUGAUAUAGAAUGGGAAAGUAGUGGGGUAAAUAUGACCCCACUUAUCCAUUUAAGGGUUAAAUCACUCUGAUAAAGUGAUGCUAUGUUGAAAGUAAGUGAUAUUAUUCAUUAUACCAUUAAAUUUCUCAACACUACAUAAUAUUAUUUAUCAUAAUUUCCAUCAACUAUGAUAUAUAAAGCUCACACAAAACUAGCAUUUAAGACCUUAAGGCAGAAAUGCAGAUGUGGAGUGUUGUAGGGAUACAGUAGUGAGGUAUUCCCUAUGUAAAUUCAAAUACAUUUAAUACUUUGAUUUUUAGAGGAGCCAACUACCUACCUAACAAUUUGCUCCUAAACAGGAGUGGAACAUUCUGAGAGUUGUUUUGCCCACUAUUUCCAGUUUAUUUAUACGAGACAAAAUUAAGGGGGACGCUGCUGGGAUGUGACUAAAGCUGCCGCCUUCCUCUGUAGUAAAAUAUUACAUGCUAUAACUGAUCUCCCUUUAAUAAAAAAAUUAAAAAAUUGUCCAGUAGCACCUUAGAGACCAACUAAGUCUGUUCUGGGUAUAAGCUUUCGUGUGCAUGCACACUUCUUCAUGUGUAUCUGUGUAUCAUGUGUAUCGACUGCGUCAGACCAACCCGGCUACCUACCUGAAUCUGAUCUCCCUUUGUUCAACUUUAAAACUGUUCUCCGGGCUUCACCAUUCUUUCUGCCAGUCUCAGCUUUAUUUGUAAGCAAAAAUUUAAAUAUAAGUAAAAACUGCAGUGUCAGGGAGAGGCAAACAGGAAAAGAUGAAAGGACAGAAACCAGCAGUUAUAGAGAGCCUAAAGAGAUUAUCAGCAGCCUGUCGUCUGACAGUGGGUCUGACGUAGAGGGGGAGGAGGAUGAGCCUGGAACAAGUCAUUCUGUACACAGAGGAAGUCAGGGGAGGAGUUUCCACAGACUUGCAUGCUGGAUACGGAAAAGGAAGAAGAAAGAUUAGAGGCGGCAACUGCGCAACAACGGGACGGACGCUAAUUUAAACGCUGGAGAUGUACGUUUGAACUUUGUCAAAUAAAUCAAAUAGUUUGGAACUGGCUGGGAGCCCGGAGUCUUAUCUAUGCCAGCUGGACAGCAUUAAGCCUCUGACAUGCAGCACCUAGCUGUGCUCACUUGACCAAAAGAAAAAACAAUGCUGCAAGAGCUCCCUUCAAACUUUGCAGCUUGUUGCAAGUUGUCCAGAAUAACUUGUAUUGUUGUGCAACACUGUUUCUCAAGUUAACCAGUAAUUCCAAUGUAACAACACUUUUUGUCAGAAAAUGUCCAAAUCAAAAUGCAGUGGUACCUCGGGUUAAGUACUUAAUUCGUUCUGGAGGUCCGUUCUUAACCUGAAACUGUUCUUAACCUGAAGCACCACUUUAGCUAAUGGGGCCUCCUGCUGCCGCCGCGCUGCUGGACCACAAUUUCUGUUCUCAUCCUGAAGCAAAGUUCUUAACCCGAGGUAAUAUUUCUGGGUUAGCGGAGUCUAUAACCUGAAGCGUCUGUAACCUGAAGCGUAUGUAACCUGAGGUACUUCUGUACACAGAGAUGAAGAAUGUUCCAGUAAGUAUAAAUAUCUUUGGUGGGGUUUUCUUUUGGUAGAGUGGGGUUUUUUGUUUUUGCUUUUAUCACGACCUUUACAAAUAUAAUUUGAAUCAGUGCAAAUACCAACUAUCUCCUGAUUCUUAGGAGAGUUGUUUGGGAAAAAUAAUUUUGCCAGAUGUAGUCAACUCUUCAUCUGUUCAUGAUACUGGCGGCAGUGAGUUGCUUUGCCCUCCUUUGCUUGAAGGCAGACUGAUGUCAGUGCUGACACCCGCUGCCCUUCGCCAGCAGAUGGCAGUCCCUUCAGUAGGUGGAGCACGUCACCUGCAAGAGAGACUAGGCAAGCCCGCCUUCUCAGAUCUUUUGCUGAAACUUUAGUAUCGCCUCUCUGGAUUGGCUGAAAGAAGUGGGGCACUUGGCAGAAGAGAAAGCGGGGGGGGGGGGACUGGACGACGUGUCAUGGCAUUUUAUGUAGGAUUACAUAAAAUGUUAAUGCUAGUCUUCACACUACAGUGGUACCUCGGGUUAAGUACUUAAUUCGUUCCGGAGGUCCAUUCUUAACCUGAAACUGUUCUUAAUCUGAAGCACCACUUUAGCUAAUGGGGCCUCCUCCUGCCACCGUGCCGCCAGAGCACGAUUUCUGUUCUCAUCCUGAAGCAAAGUUCUUAACCCGAGGUACUAUUUCCGGGUUAGCAGAGUCUGUAACCUGAAGCGCAUGUAACCUGAAGCGUAUGUAACCUGAGGUACCACUGUAUAUGCAAACAUUUUCUGAGGUCCCAGGGAUUUUUUUGCUAUCGGGCCCCCUUUUUCACCCCGUGCAAGGGUAUGAUGUACCCGUUGCACCUCCCUCUCCUGGGCCCUGGACACUCUGCUCCUCUGCCACUCAUGCUUCCACAUGUCAGGAACUAACCCAUAGCCUGGUUUCGUGUGAUGUCUAAAUCUGGGUUGAUGGUUUCCUUCUCUGCAGUCAAUCCCGGAGCUUGUAACCAAGAUUUAUUCUUGUCAUGCCACUCAUGCUUUAUUUGUGGGGAGCAAACCAUGAGUCCAGGAUUAGACGUAAGGUUGAGCCAGACCAGCUGCAGGAGUGGGGAGGAUACCCACGAUUUCAGCACCACAUUUAGUUUAACGUGGCAUAUGAACCAUGCCAAUGCGUGUGCUUUCAGUUGCUCCUUUUUGCAAGAAGGAUAGAGUGCUGUGGUAAUUCUGUGCACGUGGCUGUGCAAAAAACAUCCUGAAUACACAUUGGGGGGCUUAUUUAACUUCGCUGCAAACCAAUGUCAUCUUGACUUCACUUCAGUCUGUGUGUGGUUCUUGGGAGGGCUUGUUGCCAGGUCAUUUUGCACCACUACUCCCCCCCUUCUUGCUGUGUUGGAGAUGUGACCCUGGAUGGAACAGACAGAGCAGUUUGCAGCUUUCUCAUUUUAUAAAGCUCUGUGUUUGGGUGUGGGUGUGUGUGUGGUUUUUGGUUGAAGUGCCUAAAGCUCAAGAGCUUGCGUGCUCUUAGCAACUAAAAUUGGUGCAAAGUCUCUUCUGCCUUUUCAUUGCACUUUUGAAAGGCCAGCUCACUGGUGAAUUAUAUUGUUGUUGUUGUUGUUGUUGUUGUGGGGGGGGGGGGAAAGAAAUCAGGUGUUCAUUUUCAUGUCAGUAGGAAAAAAUACUAUGAUUUAGAUUUUUAAUUCACCACCCCUAUAUUACAAGGUAUAGUGUGGCCUGGGAAAGCAGCUCUUGCCGGUUCAUAUGAAUUAGCCCAUAGACUUUACUUCACACCACAAGGUGUUGGAGUAGAAGUGACCCAUAGAGGCAAGAGUGGGGUAACUGAGGAAGAUUGAAGCAGGAAAAGUUAAUGGUAUUAUGACUAACCUCAGAGAGGAUGUUGGUAUUCAAUAUACAUUAAUUUAGCCCUGGCAAUUGCCUAUUUAUUGAUAGAGGAAGACAAGCCAAGGUAUGUAGAAGAUUUGUGACUGGCUCUCUUGACACUUUUCCAAUGAAACACAGCCAAGGGAGGCUGCCAAGUGGACUGGAGCUGAUGUACAGCUCAGACGAUGAGGUUGGGCAAACUUCAUGGUGCUUAGAAGCUGUGAAUAAUGAGGAAGCAAGCUUGCGCUAUUUUACUCUACCCAUUGGAUGUGCUUGUCCCGUGCUCUUGUCCUCACCCCCAUUUGGGGCUGGCUUUGGGCUUGAGGUGGUCUAGGGCAGCGGCUUUCCCUGUCAAUGGUCCCGGCAGCCUUGUUUGGCUGGAAUGGCAGUGCUCCAAGCUAGGGUGGGGCAAUACAGUGGUACCUCAGGUUAAGUACUUAAUUCGUUCCGGAGGUGCGUUCUUAACCUGAAGCACCACUUUAGCUAUUGGGGCCUCCUGCUGCCGCCAUGCCGCUGGAGCACGAUUUCUGUUCUCAUCCUGAAGCAAAGUUCUUAACCCGAGGUACUAUUUCUGGGUUAGCGGAGUCUGUAACCUGAAGCAUAUGUAACCUGAAGCAUAUGUAACCCGAGGUACCACUGUAUAUCAAUAUAUUGUCCAAAACUGGUUUGAAGUCCAUAUUAUGAUAUCGGUUUCAUAAUUCUUUACCUGGUGAUAUAUCGUGACUCAUGAUUUGUGUGUGUGUGUGUGCGCGCGCACACACACUAUGCAAAGAUCACAGUGCAGGAAAAGCUGUGAAGCUAGCCAGUGCCUCUACAUUAGGCUUCUUCAACCUUGGCCCUCCAGAUUUUUUGACACUACAAUUCCCAUCAUCCCUGACCACUGGUCCUGCUAGCUAGGGAUCAUGGGAGUUGUAGGCCAAAAACAUCUGGAGGGCCAAGGUUGAGGAAGCCUGUUCUACAUAGUUCCAUCCUUAUUUCAGACAUCGCGAUAUAUCGGUAUAAUCAUUAUGCUUAGUUGGUGAUAUAUCACAAUGUUGAAAAACAGAUAUCGCCCAGCCCUACUCCAAGCAAGAGUUGUUGGUUUCUCACAGUGUCCCAGAAUAAUGCAAAGCUGCAGGUAUUGCUGGGAGUUAAAACAGAGCUUAGAUCCAGCUGCCUCAUGCUGUUCAGUGUUAGGAGGGCCGAGAGCAGCCAUAGAAGUAGGCUUUGACAGGUGCUGUGGCCCUGGCACCUGCUCAAGAGUGCCAGGUGCUGGCCCUGCGGCCCCCCCCCCCGAAAAAUCGGUGUACAUGCUUUGAGCUUUGAGGGCUCCCAAGCCAAUCUUCUUCUCCACCUGCAGAUGCCAGGAGAUGUUGCAGCGUGUAGAUUAGGAGUAGAGUUGGCAAACAUGAUUCUGCUGCUCCCGCCACACAUUGGCUAAUAUAUGGCAGAGGCUUUUGCUCAAGCUCCCCUUUGUGUAGAAGGAGUGAAGUUUUAAUCGGCUUUUACACUAUUGAUCACACGCACUAACCCAUGGGAUAGGAUUUCAGUGCCACUCUGCCUUUUAUUCCUUUUUUAAAAUGUAAAGCGGAUUGCCUCCCUUGCUUCUUUCGUUAGCGCAGCUUCCCUUUUUGGAAGCCGAAGUGCAUGGCUUGCCUCCGUGUUUGAUGAGCCCUGCUAUCACAGACCGCUUGGCAACAAUUAAACUGGUACUCACCAGACCCCUCAAGCCUGCUUUUCUGUUACAAGCACAUGGAAUCUGGCACACUGCUUUCUGAAAUAUUGUUAGAGCAGAUAGCCAGCUGGUAACUGGACUGUAAUAGGGUAGGGAGUUUCAUUAUAGCUACCCUCCGAAAGUUAAUGCUCAUCUGUGUAGAACUUGGAGGGAGGAGGAAGAAACUCCUUCCAUUUUUAAUGUUCUGAGCAAAUACUCCUUUCAGUAUUGUCCUGUUGUCUUUUAUUUCCUCUUGUUUGCCUGUUCUUCUUAGGAGAUAGUGUACAUCCAGACCUGCUUUGGGUUGUUCUUUUUGGUAGUGUGUACACAACUGCUGCUUUUAACCUGGUUUCUAUAGAAGACAAGAUCCUUUUUGUUCUUUUUUUAUCUGUUUAUUUUUACAGUAUGCUUCAACACUCUUAAAAUAUUAUCCAUCAAAAUUGGUGAAAUUAAAUGUUUGGAGAACAUCAAGUUAUGUGUUAAAAGUUGUAACUGUGCAAUUUAUGGUCUUUGUCUACGUUUUCUGUGGACAUCUAUAUCAUUAAAAAGUUGUUAGCCAUCAUGUAGAUGUAGAACGGAAGGGUUAAAUAAACUGCUGCUAAACAAUUAUCCCAAAUCUAGACUGAUGCAGUCAUUUAAAAUAUAUUUUAAAGCCACAAAGGUAUUGGGUGAAUUUUGGAAGCAAUGUUUCACAGGAGUGUCAUUUGCUAUAUCAUUUUAUUUAUAUUUCCCCAAGGCAUUUAGAAGUAAUUAUUUCACCAUGUAACGUGACUUAUUUAGAACAGCUUUGCAGAAUAUUCAAACCCUAUUGUUUGUGAUGAUUUAAAAUACUAGUUUAGUUAUCUGAGGAAAGAUUAGCAACAUUAGGGAGUGGUGAAGGAAAUUCUGGAAAGCAACAUGACAUUAUUUACUUCUUCUUGGAAGAAAGGGCUGGUGAUAUCCGAAACGGAGCAAAAAAAUUAUUAUGCACCAAAAUAGACUUGCAUUUUUUUAAAAAAUACAUCUGUUUAAUUGCACCCUUAAGAAUGCAUUUGACUGCUUUUAGCAUAACUUUGAUAACUGAUUUCUCUCCAGUAAAGCACCUAGUAAUAUCUCCCUCUCAUUCCAGUGUAACAUGUGCACAAGCCCAUCAGUGUGCACUAACUUUAGAUACAAUUCUGGACCAAAGAAAAUGAGGGAAUGAUUAGCAUCCGCUUUCCAUGUCUUAGUAGCAUGCAAAUGUAAAACUUGCUCAUAUUCCCCCAUGCAGCAGGGCUAGGAGGAUCAUUUCUGACCGUUGGGUGUUUGGGGUGGGAGUGAUGAGAGCUGGAGUCCAAAAACACCUGGAGGGCCACAGGUUCCCCAUUCCUGAUAAAGAGAGUUGUAUGAGCUGUAUCUUCAAAGGGGACAUAUGCUUGUGAGCUGUACCACCACUGGGAGUGCAUGCAUCUCUUUGCAAAGGGCGUUUGUACAAUGCCCCAAACCAUGGCUCUGGAGAUAUUCUAAACAAGCUCUAAGACCGGAUAAACCACACUGAUUGAAAAGUGAAUUUGUGAGACGAUGUAUGUGUGAAUCAGCCUUGAGAUUCUCAGACUUCUCUGUUGGUGGCCAUUCGUUCUGUGGCAUGAUCGUGGUACUCUGUGGUAAUAUCUCAGUGCUUUAUCAACAUGGCUUUUGUUUCAGUCUCUUGUUGUUUUUCUUAAAUCAGGGAUGGCUAACUUUUCCUCCAGAACUUUUCCUUCCAGGUCUGCAUACCAGUGGUGGGUGGAGCUAGAGGGGAAAAAAACUGGCUGUAGCAAGGGAUGCAGUAGGUUACAUUCCAGGUAUGCAAAAAUCAGAGGUUUCUAUACUUAAACCUCUCCAUCCACCCAUCCAUACAAGUGAUCAAGUCAGUAAAUAAAUAAAUAAAUAAAUAAGCAAGCUUUAUUAUCGCCGUACAAAAAACAGACAAUAGCACUUGAAGAGGGCAUGGAGCAGGGCCAUUCAUAGAUGUGGCCUGGAAAUAGAAGGGAAGGGUCCCAAGGACAAGGUAGAGAGGCCUGGAGGGCUGCAUUCUAUGUAGAUUUUGGAGUCGGGCUGAAAGACUUUUCAGGAAUAACGCAAAGUGUGUUUUGGCACUAUGAUCACCCUUUUCUGUUCUCUCAUGUAUACAGAUGCAACCUUCUCAUGGUUAGUGGCAAAUCAUAGCAGCAUGUGUCUGAACCCUGUGUCAUCUAAAUAUACCUCAUUCUGCUGCCCUGCAGUGUACCAUAAACAUAUUCUAAGUUUUAUCCAUCACCACAUGCUUGGUUUUUACCGCCUUCACCCUUCUUAUCACUGCUCGUUACUAAUUUUUUGUUAGUGUGUGUGUCAAAUUCUCAAGUUUAUCUCCCAGCUUAGUGUUUGUGCUGGUUUCUUUACAUUGCUUGAGUAUUCUAAUAUUACUUCCCCACCCCCUUAUGUCCAAAGACUAUUGAUUGAAUUGGUUAUUUUGGUGCUUUUGUUUAUUAUUUAUAAAUAUGAACAUUGUCUUUCAGAUUUUGACUUGAACUAUUUCUGGCACUGGAACAAGUUUACAGAUUAUGUGCAAUGUGUUCUGGCUUUCACGGGAGUCACAGGAUACAUCACUUACCUUUCUCUUGACUCAACUAUCUUUGUUGAAACUCUGGGCUUCCUUGCCGUGUUCACUGAAGCCAUGCUGGGCAUCCCUCAGCUCUAUCGUAACUAUCAGAAUAGGUCAACGGAAGGAAUGAGGUAAGAUGGUAUGCAUGUCUCUUAAAAUACUUCAGUCACGUUUCUGGCUCUGUUCACACACGUAAUUAUUUCUCAUUGCUUCGGCAGCCUUCCCAGAACUACUUUGAUUAAAACAGGAAAAUAACACAACAACUCUCUGGGGAGGCGAGGGGGGAAAGCUGCUUGGAAAGGUAAUUUCAAGCUGGAAAUGGCAAACAGGGAAAAGGGCUGCAGAACUCUUCUGCCUCUUCUUUCUCUUAUUGCCCCCUUUCUCUGAAGCAGCUUUUUCCUUUUCUAAAAGGGCCAUUGGGUUAUGGUAAUUUAAUAUACCUAUACCUUCACCCUUCUCCCCUCCCUGGGGUUUCACAUGUGUAUAUACCCAUGCAGGACAUCCAUUUGAAAAUCUGUGAGUCCAUCAGUGUCCAAUCCACAUUGCAAUUAAACUUGCAUUUGAUGGCCCCUUCAGAAAAGGAAAAAAGCUGCUUCCAGGAGGGGAGGAUUGAUAAGGAGAAGCAAAGUGGAAGCACAGGAUAUGUGUAGCUUUUUUCUUGUUAGCCAUUUCCAGCUUGAAAUUGUUUUCCCAAGCAGUUUUAACCCCACCACCACCCUGAAGUUUCAAGUGUGUAUAUGUACUCAUGCAAACACACACAUUUGAAAAUCUCAGUGCACCAGAGUCCAGUCCACCUAGCUGUUUUCUUCUCUAUAGCUUCUGGAGUUUCUCUGAAAUUCAUGAGACGGACAGGAAGGGAAAUAAGCCAAAAGUUAAAAAUGUGUGAAGUGUAUGAGGAAUAGUAAUUGUCCUGGCCACUGAUACUUGUAUUGUAGGCCUGAGAAGCUUGCCAAGGGAGCUCAGAUGGAGUAUCUUCCAGUAAUUUAAUAUACUUUUGGAAUAUAUGCUAAGGAAAGCCUGCAUCACUUAUAAACCAAUUUCCCUGCCCCCACUUAGAUCUGCAUUGCAGUUGCUAUUUAAUAAGACUUUGGAGCUCAUUUUGGGUGUAGAGUGUGUUGCAGAGCGGAGAAUUUAGGCAGAGAAGUUAUAAUUCUAUUAAUGACCAUUCUAAUCUUGACAUCCAAGUACUAGAGCUCCCAGAAUAGCACAUUAGUAACAUCUAUCAAGUAAAGAAUUGCUUAAUUUCUAUUCAUCUCAGGACUUCAGUAAGUCUCCAGUCGUUUCUUGUUAUAAAUGAGUAUUUUAAUGGAAGUUAAUUGUUUUAUAAGAGAGGAUUCAAUUUAUCACUGGUGGUUAGAUUAUGUUUAAUUUCUUUGACAUCAUCUGAUUAAAAGAACUAGGAAAUAAAUGCAUCAUUUCAGAGUUCCCGGAUGUUAACAUAUUGCAAGAAUGUGACGUCUGAGAAAAGGAAAGAUGAUAGCUCAUAAAAUGGUAUUGGUGUCCGAAACUGGGUAUCUGCCUCUAAAACUUCCUUUUCUUACCAAGUCUUCUUCAUCUUUAACUUCUACCACACCCCCUUUAACCGUUCCUUACUCUUCCUUCAUAACCAUCAUAUCCUCACCUGCUGCCUUAGCCGCUACUCUUCACCAUACUCUUUGCCAGCUCUUCAGUUUUUCCUCUGCUGCAGAGAUGGGAAAUCUGUGGCCCUCCCAGAUGUUGUUGGGCUUCCCAUCAGCCCCAGCCAGCAUGGCCAGUGGUCAGAGAUGCUGGGAGCUGGAGUCCAACAGCAUAUGGACGGCAAUAGGUUCCCCAUCCUUGUCUAACCAUUUUACUCUAUCUUCCAAAGUUAUUUCGUUUUGUGCUUAUGCUAAUCAGCUCACUCGUGGCCAUGUAGACUAUUUUCCGAAACUCUGGAGAUCUUAUUUACACUUUGGGCAACUCUCUUAUGGCCAUUUGUCCGGUGGUUUUUGUUUUGUUUUGCUUUGUCUUUUAAAAAAGCUGAUUAAGAUUUGAGCUCUACAAAGGUUAAUGCAAGGCGAGGGCCUUUUCUUUCUUUCUUAAUCACUUCAGGAAUGUUCUUUCAAAGAAGAAUUGCAAAGAACCAGCCUCAUUUAAUCACUAAAUGCCACAUUGGUGUUGAUGAAUGGAUUGCAGUUAUGAAUGAGGUGCACCAGCAGAAGCCGAUGAGUCAUGGGUCUGAGAGGUUUUUUAAUGGUUGUUGGCAGCACAUGCAGGGAAAUCUGGUGGCUGAAACUGUCUGCUUUUGUCUUUUGUUGCUUUUUUAUUUUGUUUUGUUACAUCAGCAUGAAACAGGAGAGCAAUUUGAAAUAUGAACAGUUUUCAGAGUUAGGAUGGUUUCUUUCAAGUAGCUGUUUAUCUUCAAAGGAGCGGUGAAUGCAGUAAGCAGGAACCCCUUUUUUGUUUUCCAUUUUUUGGAAGGAGAUGGUGUUACUUUGUAUUUCAGUGGAAGAGCAAUGGCUUUGCCUGCAGAAGGUCCCAUGUUCAAUCCUCAACAUUUUCAGUUAGGAAAGGGUAGCGGGUGAUGGUAAAGCCCUCUGCCUGAGAAUUGGAGAGCCACAGUCAGCCAGAACAGAUAAUAUUUGACUAGAGAGGUCAAUGGUUUGACUUUGUUCAAUGUUAGCAGGUAAUGUUGCUUGCUGUGUAAAAUUUGAAGAGCAAUGUAGCUAAUGUGCUGUCCACCAGAUGUUGGACACUAACAACUUCCAUCAGCACCAGCCAGCAUGGCCAGUGGUCAAGGAUGAUGGGAAUUGUACUCCUGUAACAUCUGUAUGAUAGCACGUUGGUCAUUCCUGCUCUAGACAGUGACUCAUUUCCCAGUUUUUUUCAUUAGAAUAUCUUUGGUUUUUUGAUACCACCUCCCCAUUUAGGGUUCCAUGAUUGGGAGAAAGGUGAGAUAUAAACGUAAGAAAAUAAAUAUUAUUGCUUAUAUUUAUUUGUUUGACCACACAUACUUGCAGAAUGCCCACCAAUUUGAGGGGGGCAGUAUGUGUGAUGAGGCAGGGCAUGUCAACCCCUUUUCCCCCUGCCACAUCUUCACCACCCCUCUCUAGCUCUCCUCAGAGGCCAGGUCUGGCCCUGCUCUUGCAUUUUCUCAGUAGCUGCAAUUUCACUAGUUGUUAGAUGGUCUCACCAGAUGAAAGACUGGGCAGUGCGGGACAAGGGAGGAAGGAGAGGUUGCUGUGCAACUUCACAGGUUUUGAGCUUCCCUUUCCCCCCAGUUUCAUUUGAUGCUUUGGAGCAGUGCACUUGGAAGAGAGCUUGUAUAUGUGCCUGCAUGCUCCAUCCAGGAGAUGUCCCUGUGAUUGUCCCUCUGUGUGUGGGAAGGCCAGAUCAGAACCAAGAAGCUGGAGCUGGUGCUGCUUGGAUAAAUAAUCCAGGCUGUGUUUUCACUUGCUGGUCCUCUAGCUCUUCAGCCAGGCAGCAGCAGCAGCUUCAGGGACUGGUCCUUUGGAGUUUCGCCACCCCAUGGCAACUCAAAAAAACUCUUGAAAGUAGCCCUGUUGUUCCUCUACCCUUCAGUCAUGUUGAACAGUUUUGGUGUCAGUCAGCACGCAUUACAAUCUCUAAACAAAUUACUUCUUGCAGCUUAUUACCUUGUUGGUAACAUUAAACGGGAUUGAGCACUACAAGGAGAUUGAUGAAUUCAAGUGCAUUGUGGGAAGCUCCUUAUGUCUGAUGAUGGCCAUGGGAGAAGAGAUAAACAGUAGAGGAGAACACCAUUUAUGGAGUUUAUAUGUCCCUGGUGUUAAAUGUACCAAAGCUUUCUCUUGCUGAAGGGUGUGAUUAAGACACAAAAAUUAACUAAGGAUAUUUUCACUAGCUCUCGUGUGGAACACAUGUAUUUUAAGACCAUUGAUUCAGGCUAUGGGGAGUAUUAAAGUUAUAAUAGGAAAACUUUAAUAUAUAUUUAUAUUUACAAGAGAGAGAGAGACUUCAUAUUCUACUGUAAUUGAAAACCUCCUAAUAUUUAAAUAGCAUGGACAGACCGUGGAGAGAAUAUAAUAAGACAAAGAUAUGAAUCAUUGGCAUGGUACCAGCUAAAUUGAACUUGGGGUUUAAAUAUUUUAUUACCACUAUAAAUUCAUAUCUUCUUGAGGGGAUUGCAAGAAGAAGGAUUAAAUAAAUUUAUAUUUAAUAAUAGUGGGUUCUGCUGUGACCCUCAGCCUGCAAGAAUUGUUCCCCAAAGCAAUAAUAAUCUCUCAUUAAAUUGUUUGUAGAAUUCAUAUUAGAAAUAAGUAGAACACUAUUGCACUUGGUGUUCUCAAUUGUCUCUAUGAAUAAAAAGGUAAAUAACUGGCGCUUGUUUAUGUGCACCGUGGCCUGGAGUUUAGGGUGCACAACUCAUCCAUUUUCAUAGCCCCUGUUUCCCAAUGGUGUUGCUCUCCUGCAGUCAUAGGGAGAUAUGACUUAAGUGACUGCAUAUAGAUGUUAAAUAGCAUUGGAUGCAGUGUAGCGCCUUGCAGCACCCCACAGUUUGCCAGGGGGCUGUGGCACAGUCACACAGUGCUGCUCUCUGGAACUGCCCUGCAAGUGGUAAUCAAACCACUGAAAUGCUGUGCUUCUGACCCCAGUGUGUAGAGAUGAUUCAGAAGAAUGUCUUUGGCCAAUAAUGCAUGGAGACGAUCCAGGAGAAUACUGUGAACAGUAGCAUCAAAAGAGAUCUGCAAGAUUAACAGGGUCACAUUCCCCCUGCCUCUCUCACAGAGGUGGGCAUCCAUUAGGGCACUUCUGUCUCCAAACCAGGCCUCAGACCUGAUUGAAAUGGCUCCAGAUAAUCAGUUCCCUCCAACAGUUUCUGCAACUUAAUACACACCCUCUUAGGCACCUUGCACAGAAAGGAACAAUAGUUGGAAUAAACCUCUGGUUCCUUGGAAUAAACUGCCAGGUCCAUUCUGUGGGGUGGGGGGUAGCUUUAAGAAGUCACAAUAGGCAAGAAAGCCAUCCUGCUACAAUUGUCCACAUUCUCAGGCCUUGAAAAUUGAAACUGAUGCCAUAAAAUAGGACAAGACAGUGCAUUGGAUGCCUCAUCAGAUACUGUUUCAGCAGUGAUGAACAGAUUGCCAUGGAGGUGAGCAAUUUUGUCUUCAGAAUGCUUUGCAGAGUUGUUACAGCGAGCUGCUCUUACAUGGGGGUAGACAUAAGUAAACCCCAAACCACUCAAAAAAGCUCAGCUGGAUUGAUAUCUGAAGAUGUGAUGGACGUAGCAAUGUAAGCGUUUAUUUUUCUGCCCUCACCACCACUUAGUAGGCACAAUUAGUGUGUUUCCGGAUGUCUUCAUGACAGGUCUUGUGCCUGUGUCAUUGUUUGGAGGUCUCUGACAAAUCAGGAAGCUUCACAGCAUUGGAAAUGGGAACUUGGGUGCAAUUGUGUUGAUGGUUUCACGUAUUGUGCUAUUCCAUGAGCAAGACUGCUGACUCUGCUUAUCAGAUAACCCCCCUCCAAAAAAAAAAGAGCAUUUAGGGAUCCAUUUGAUUCAACAUGUAUCUGCUUGGGAGAACUGGUUGCAUGAGAUCAAAAUUCACAAUAUAUUGUUCUGAUCAUAACAAGAGGGUAAUAUAUAUGUGUGUACGCGCGCACACACAGAGAAAAUCUAGAAGCCAUCUGUGUUCAUGAAGCAGCUGUUGCCUGUAGGUCUGCUUUAUGCACUAUCCUUGGAAUAAGGCUGCUUCUGGACUAUAACCCCGUGGGGUGAGCUGCUAAUGUGAAUCUAGCAACGCCAAGGAAACACACUGCAAAUGAGAAAAUACCCUGGAAGCCUUAGAAUCUGUGUGCCGCACAUGUGCUGCUUGAUGCCAGUGUUUAACCACCCAGAGAGAUGUUGACGUGAGUAGGUUCUUGCUGACCUCUGCUUCUCUGUGAUUGGUAGAGGAAUUUGACCUUAAUUCCCACCCACUCUGAGGCAAGUCCAUCAAUGGUAAACACAUUCCAAGUUGAUGUAGUUGUUUCAUGAGCGUGACACAGAUUUCACUCCGGAUCAUCUUUCUCUGCUGCGAAACUUCUAUCAUAUGUUCUUACUGAAGGGCUGCGUAUACCCCCCCCCCCAAAAAAAAGUAUGCUGUAACAAACCACUGAUAUUAUGUUAUCCACUCACUCAGGGAUAUGGUUUCUGCUUCAUGCCAAUGUUCUAAAAAUAACCGCCAGAGCUCUUCCUUCCCAAUUCCGGUCAACUGGUUUUUGUGAUAGACGAGGGCUGGACAUACUGCUUCCUCUUGAGAUUGUCAGUGUUGCUGUAAUGCCAGAGAGAUUGCUGCAAAGUGACAUAAGAAAUUCCUUCCUGAGGUUGUGCACAUUGGCAUGCCGGAAUGAGUUUCAAAUUUAGAACUCCUAAUGGUUGACCAACUUUUGCAUCCCGUCAGCCUUUAAAGAGGGACGAUUACCUGCUCAUUCAGGAAUUCCAUAUUUUUAGGGUGCAAUCUGAUGUGAAAUUGUCAUAAGCUGCCAGUUCUUUUAAAAAUGUCCCCAUUAAUAAAAGCACACUGUUUGGAAGCUUGGGACAUGGAUUGCAUUAUUAUUACCAAUCUGGAAUUUUGAUUGCCAUUAAAUUCCCAACAGCUUCUUUGAUUUCAUGGCUUGCAUUUUCCUUUAACUAGCUUCCUUGCUGUCUGUUUUUAAUUCAUGUUGUGAGCCACCUUGGGGCCAUGCAUUGGGAGAAAGCUGGGAGAUAAAUAAAUCAAACAAGCAAGCAAAUAAAUAAAUAAAUAAAUUUAUGAUGACACAUGUCAUAGACUUACUGCAAUAAAGCCAUACUAAGAAUGCAAUCAUGUGCAAAAUUUACUUACAAAAACAGCGAAGUGUCUUUCAGCACUUUGAAAACUAACACAUUUAUUAUAGCAUAUUUUUUUGGGGGGGGGUUGCUGCAAGAGCCUUUUAAGAUUCUGGGCAUCAUAAUUGUCCAAUGAAUAACACUUGCACUGAUGUUCGUGGCAUAUAUAUAGUUAGGGUGUCAUUACAUCGAGGAAGAGACAUAUAGCAUUUUAAAAUUUGUGUACUGACUUGUUCGGUGAAAGCACUCUAGAAUUUUAGAGAGGAAACUUUAUCAUUCUUGACUCUCUUUGUUUCUAUUUUCUUGGCAGUAUUUGCAUAUAUGAAGAAACGGUUGCAUCAUGAGCAAAAAUGUCAAUGUACCUUGUUAUGUAAAGGGUCAACUGUGUAGGGAAAAACUGACAGUUCACUUCUGACUGAAGCCAGAAAAGAUACUAAGGCCUAGUUCACACUAAGUGAUAAUCCUUGGUUAAGCAUGAACAAAUUGAGCUUGUGAGUACUUACUGCAAAAAUUGCAGCUGCUUUGCUCCUUCCUGACAAAGCACUAACCAGAACUAAGCCAUGAUUUGUCUUCUUAUAUCCACACCCAAGCCCAUGGUUUUUGUCUCCCAGACAGACCAUGGGCAGUAAGCAAAGAGCAAGCUUUGGCUACAGCUUAAGUUUUGUCUGUAGUGAGACAAACCUUGCACGUGGGUUCUUGUGUAACACUAAAGCAAACCACAGCAGGGCUGUGGGUAGCAUGAUAGCGGCGUGAUGGUAGCAGGAGCAAACCAGACAUGUUUUUUUGUACCCACAUGUAGACUUGUUCAUGCUUAGACAUAAUUCAGCUUAGUUUUAACAUGCAAACCAGGCCAAUGUAUAAGUGGCAGUCUGCCGAGAAACUACUCAGGCUGGAACAUUUUACAAAUAGGUGUUUUGUCAACAUGAAAGGUUUUCUGUUAUAGCAGUUAAUAGCAGAAUCUAGCUUUUCUGUGGGUCAAGAGAAUUGACAAGGGUUAAAUUGUGAUUGGCCCUUUAGUGGCUAUUCUGUUCAGAAUUUGUCCUUAGGUGUACACCAGUGAGGAGUCAGAAUUCCAGAAAGGACCUGAUGAUUGGUAAAAUUGGUUCUGGCUGGAGGCAGUAUAAGGGUGGGCAAAAUACUGUUUGAAGUCUGUCAGUCAUUAAAGCAGCAGUUGGUUGGUCAGAGGGUGAAGAUACUGAAAAGACUAAAGAUGCAGAAAGUGAGCUCAGAAUCCCUGAUGGCAGAAGUUUAGGGAAGCCACCCAGGAAGCGAAACCCCGGAGUCAAUUCUCCAGUUUAACUUCUGACUAGUCAGUAGCUGGCCACAGGAAGACACCUGUUAAGACCUUUGUGGCUAAGUCCUUCAGCAGAAAGAAGACUUCAGAGGAAAACUGAUGUAUGUCUGUCAGGUGGACAGCAGCAGUCUCAAGAGUCAAAGAAUCAUAGAAGUUUAGAGUUGGAAGGAACCACAAGGAUCAUCUAGUCAAAGCCCAAGUGACAGUAGCAGAUUUAAAACAACAGCAACUUAUUUUUAACAGUUAUUAUACCACAUACUAUUAAAUAACCAAUCUGCAAGCAAACCAUUUAUUAUUAUUUUAUAUUAUCUUUAAUAAACUUGGCAUAUUUUCCAGUUCUGUUUGUCUCAUAUCUAUACUCUGCUACUAUGUGUAGUAAAAGGCGGUUGAAGAAACAAGUUAGAAUUAAAAUGCUGCAUUGAUAACACUGGUCAACAACAAAUUUGUUGUCUGCGUUUUUUCAGUUGAUUUAGGAUGAAUCUGAUGCGCUGAAUCCCAAAAUCACAUUGGUUUUGCUCAAUCAGGUCAAGUUUUUGAGCUAUGGCCACAUGUCGGUUUUUUUACGUUUUUGUUCACAUGUACGCUUGUGUGGAGCAUUUUAGAAGAAGUUGGUGGGGUAAAAUGCCAUGUCGAAUAAUUGUUUUGAUUGGAAAUGAUUAUUUUAAUGACAAGAAGUAUUCACGUCCGAUAGUUCUGGGUGAUUAUGUCGAAAAGGGAUCAGUUUGAAGUCAUAAAACCUCGAAAUCUUCCAUAAAUUGGUGCGGCAAAGCAUAAAGUUGGGGGAUCAAAACUAAGUUAAUGGGGCAGCCGCCCCACGAAGUAUCCUGAUCUUCAAUCAGCACGUCGUCCUGUAGCUCAUUGUGAUGAAAUUCCAGUGCCUAUCUUCGGAGAACUUCCUGACAUUAGUGACGAAGAUGCCUCCAGUGUUGAAGGACAUGAAGAAGAAGAAGUGGUUCUUGAAGAUGAUGCUCCACAUCCAUUUUCCCAAAAGGAGUUGAAUCUCUCUGACGGUGCUCGCAUCAGCUUCCUCUGCAACAGGCAUCAAGAGUACCUCCAUUUUUUCUCGGAAGAGGAGGACUUGGUGUACUGUGCAGAUAUUGCGCAGCUUCUGCUCAAGCUUGGAGUGCCACAGUACGAACCCAAAGAUUGGAGACUGUUCAUUGACAGCAGCAAGCGAUCACUGAAAUGUGUUCUGCUACACAACGGCAACCAGUUUGCCUCUAUACCCCUGGCUCACUCGAGUACACUGAAGGAGAACUAUGAAGCGGUGAAGUAUGUGCUGGAGAAAAUUGGUUAUGAUCAGCAUAAGUGGUUUAUUUGUGUUGACCUGAAGACAGUGGCGUAGCGUGGGGGUUGCAGGGGGGGCCGUCCGCACCGGGUGCAACAUCUGGGGGUUAGGGUUAGGGGGCGCAAAUCCAUGGGUUAGGGGGCGCAAAUUACUUGCCUUGCCCCGGGUGCUGACAACCCACGCUACGCCACUGCCUGAAUGGUGAACUUUUUGUUGGGACAACAGUCUGGCUUCACCAAGUACCCAUGUUUUCUGUGCAUGUGGGAUAGUAGAGACUGUGCUCAGCAUUACACGAAGAAGGAUUGGCCUGUGCGGGAGGAAUUGGUGCCUUGCAAAGAAAGGAACGUCAUCAAUGACCCUCUGGUGGACAGAGACAGAAUACUCUUCCCACCGCUGCACAUCAAGCUCGGCUUAAUCACCAAGGCUCUGGACAAGGAUGGUGACUGCUUCACUUACUUGUGGCAGGCUUUUCCAGGAUUAACCAUGGAGAAGUUGAACGCUGGCAUCUUUGACAAUCCUCAGAUCCGUCAGCUCAUCAGAGAUCCAGAGUUCGGAAACUCAAUGAACGAAGUGGAACUGGAAGCGUGAAAGGCAUUUGUUCUGGUAGUGAAGAACUUUCUUGGCAACAAUAAGGCCAGAAACUACGCAGAACUUGUCAACAACAUGCUGACUGCUUUCAGAAACCUGGGCUGCAACAUGAGCGUCAAGAUGCACUACCUAUUUUCACAUAUGGACCAGUUUCCUGAGAACCUGGGUUCAAUGAGUGACGAGCAGGGGGAGAGAUUCCAUCAGGACAUGAAAGAGAUGGAGACCAGGUAUCAGGGUCGCUGGGACGCAUUCAUGAUGGCUGACUACUGUUGGACUCUGAAGAGAGACCUCCCUGCCGCUGAGCAUUCCAGGAGUUCCAAGAAACGGAACUUCAAGCCCUGAAGUUUGAAAAAUGGUGAAGCAACAUGCAAUUUACGUGCACUUACCUUUAUCAAUGCCCACCAUUCAGUUUACAGUAAAUCUGACCUGAUGGAGAGAAACGGAUGCCAUUUCCUGAUUCAGCAGUGCAAAAAUACCCUAAAUCAGUUGUAGAAAUCUAGACAUUCAAAAAGUAAAAAAUUGUUGCCCAGUGUAAUCUAAGAGGUUUUAUUUAAAUUGUAUGAGGCAGGAAUCUUAAAAAGAGUGUAUAAAUAGAAAGCGGGAUAUUGUACCUACAGAUAUUAAACACCUAGCAACUAGAAAUUGCUAAGCACCCAGAGAUAUGCAAACCAAAUUCCUCCCUAUCCCUAGUUAACAGUAGGAUUCCUCUACAUAAUAGGGGCUAGAGGUGGUGGUUCUCCACAAAGUGGUGGCAGCUGAUGGGAAGACAAAAACCCCUAGACCCAAUCUUUCAUAAUGCAUUUCAAGUAGCAAGCAGAAAAGUGUAAGUAAUGGUUAAGUGAAAGUUCAAAGAAUUGACAGUAAAAAUACUUGCUCAGGGCAGAUGCAAGCUAGCAUAAGCAGUCAGACCAGAUAGAUGACACUAAUAAUGGUGAGAUUUCUACUGGGAGUCUUAUAACUGAGACUAGUAAAACAAACAUUUUGCACAGUGAGAUGUACCACAGUGUAGUAAUGACCCACCUGAGGUCUUUACCCACUAAGAGAGAAAGAGAGAGAAGUGCUGGAAAGUCAUGUAUAUUUUAGAAAUCUAAUUCUGUGGCUUGGAUUUAAGAAACAAUUUGCCAUUAUCCUGGCAACAAGCAUGUAACUGAAGCAAGACCAUUUGUCUGUGUUCACAAACUUGAUCCAGAAUAACUCCUUUGCCAUUUUAGUAGCUGUAUGCAGAUUCAGUUUCUCUCGCAGCACAGAGUCACAAAAAUCCCCACUUGCAAGAUUUCUCUUUGUUAUUGAGCUACCCAAGGUACAUGUACUUAAGAGCUACCAAGUUGCUUAAAUGAAAAUUGUCUUUGGCAAAUUGGUUGAGUGUAAGUCUGGCUUUCCUGAAUAUAGUCAUCAUACGUUACAAGAUGGCCUCUAUGCCUUGGGGGGGGAAAAGACUGUGGAAAUGUCUGAAUUGGUAAUCCAUAGGGAGUUUCACAUGGUCUCCAGUAAAAGAGGUUUUCUUCCAUCUAACAUAGAAUGUGUCCUCAACAAUAAACCAUGCCCUGUGCUAGUUUUCAUUUGGCUAAGUGUCAUCCAGGCCUAAGCCAGGAUGACCCCUCAGAUGAAAACCCCAGUGACAUGAAGACUGAAGACCUUAUGGUAUCUCCUGACUCCAGUGCUACCCCAGACACCCCCAACAUCUCUGGAGAAGGGUCGCCAGGCCCAUCAGCAGUAGAGGACCCAGAAAGACCCAUGAAAGAUGUUCCCAAUUGACCUGCUGCUGCUCUUUCGGCUGUUGAAUACUGGCAUCAGAAGAUGCAGGCACUGACAUCCACUGUUCAACUGAGUGUACAGCUCAAGUCCAAAAGAACUAGAGUUCUCAAGAGAAAAGGACCUACUUAGAAGCAGACAACCUUGAAGGCUGGGCUAACAGAUGUCGGUGGGGACUGGGUGACCAGUCUACAUAACUCCCCAAUGAAGACUGUCGGUUGCUGGUCGUUGGCUCUGUGCACCCAACUUCCUGUUCCUACUUCCUGCUACCCUCAUUGACCCUGGGCCUUGGACCUUUGCUAAUACAGUGGUACCUCGGGCUAAGAACUUAAUUUGUUCUGGAGGUCCGUUCUUAACCUGAAACUGUUCUUAACCUGAGGUACCACUUUAGCUAAUGGGGCCUCCCACUGCCGCUGUGUGAUUUCUGUUCUCAACCUGAAGCAAAGUUCUUAACCCAAGGUACUAUGUCUGGGAUAGCAGAGUCUGUAACCUGAAGCGUCUGUAACCCGAGGUACCACUGUACUUUGGUCUUGGAAACGUGCCCACUUCUUUCUUUGAUUUCUGCUUUACCUCUAAACCAUGCUAUCUGAUGGCACCCACUUUGGAACUGCUUCAUUGUGAUUGACCUCUGUUUCUCCUUAAUAAUUUGUGUUUCUGGAUUGCCUUGAAAUCCAGCUGCUAUCUUAAUGUUUCAGAGUUUAGCCAGCCCUGUCUUCUGGGGUUCCAGCUUCUACUUCUGCUUUGGCUCAGGAUCAGAACCCGAACACUUAGAGGCCACUGCAAAGGAGAGAAGCUACAAUGGUUUCCCAUUCUCGUUAGUAGAAAGACACAGACAAGGGAUUAAAUAGAAAUGGUUUAGGACACAUCUUCAUCUAUUUUUGAAAGACACUUGAUGCUUUUCCAGAGCAAUGAAUAUACAUGCACCUUCUUGGCAGUCCACAUUACAGAAGACCUUCACUGUAGUCUGCAUAACUGGCUCUUCAAUGCUUGAAGCUCAAAAAUGGGUUAAUUCUGUAUUCAGAGAUUGUUUCAUAAGUGCUUCCCAAGUUUCAGGUUAAGUGCUAACCUGACAGUGUGCAAAGUGGAAUGUAGGGAAAUAUACAUUAAAAUCUCAAGGAAAGAGUAGCAGGGCAAUGGACUGCAUUGCCUGGGGUAGCUUAUAGGAUAACCUUUUCUUAAAUAUUUCAAUAUGAACCCUGAAUCCAUGAUGUCUUGCUUAGGUCUAGAAAAAGCUGGAGAUGACUAGGUUUGAGCAUGCUUUUUUAAACAUUGCAGGUGUAAAUAUCAAUCAUACUAGGUUUGACCCAAAGCAGUGCUGUCAAAGGAGAUUUUUUAAAAAAGUAUUAGAUGACUUGCAGAACUUUAUAAUAAUGUUUAACGUUUGACUUUUUGCAUUUCUGAAUAUUUUCUAUGUUUAACUUUCUCUUGGACUGUCUUGUUUUUGUGUACGCUAAUUUUGUAAUGACCACUUGCUACAUACAGUAGAAAUCUGACUGACUGAAGUUUUUACUUUUAAUGUGGCACGUGGUAUGCAAAAUAUAAAAUAAAAUGUAUCUUUCCCAUGGAUAGCAGGGUGCUCCUUGCCAGUGCACAAAAAGUAGUAUCUUGACUAAGAAAGUGAGAGGGGGUUGCUGGGUGUUUUUUUCUGAGAAUAAAUUGCAGUCGCAUAAAUAUCAAUUCUGUCAUAUUUUAAAUUACAUGCCUGUACUGCUGAAAAAAGGUCGGUGUGUGGUAAAUGCAGAUUUAUGCAUUGCAUAACUGGAUUGUUGCAUUUGCAUACCGUUCUUUAAAGUAGUAAUUUUGAAGAGCUCAGCUAUAAGAAAAGCGCUUGUACUGGGGAGGUGUGUUGUCACUGGAUACCAUUGGAGUGCAUUACAUUGCUGGGAAGUGCUAUUUUUGUUGCUUGAGCCUCUGGCAAUAACAUCUCUUUCAGAGCAGCUCCUGCUUCCUUCGCUCCCUCUGGCAUAUGUGUUGUUGCAAGACCUGAUGUUACUCUUGCACCUCUUGCUAGUUAACCAGCCAUGUUGCGGCUCAGUUCACCACAUGCUUGAUCCCCGCCUGGCCCUGCUGCUUUGUUUUCCUGACAGCCAUGGAGCCGUUAACAUUUCCCUAACUGAUGGGUCCUUUAGUGACAAAUCACAGUAACUUAGAAGAGCAGCCCACUGGAGAUCUGCAACAAAGUGUGUUUAAUUCUGCAGUUGGAAAAACUAAAUUCUGCGAGGAGAGCCUCCUGUGAUCAAUACACACUAACGAAGUUGAAGCUGUAAAUGUACAGUGGUACCUCAGGUUACAGACGCUUCAGGUUACAGACUCCGCUAACCCAGAAAUAGUACCUCGGGUUAAGAGCUUUGCUUCAGGAUGAGAACAGAAAUCGCACAGCAGUGGCAGCGGGAGGCCUCAUUAGCUAAAGUGGUGCUUCAGGUUAAGAACAGUUUCAGGUUAAGAACGGACCUCCAGAACAAAUCAAGUUCUUAACCUGAGGUACCACUGUAUUAGCUUUGUGGGUUCUGGCAUAUACUGCUUGUUUUCUGUUUUUCGGGAAAUUUGGAGGCUGCAGCAGGACUUGCAUUUUGCAGAGCUGUAUAGUGUGAAUGUUGGUUUUGUGGGGCCAUUGACCAGUUGAACUUGGUGGCAACUCCAGGAGCUGGGGAUUGUCCUUGAGUUGACCAUGCAGUACUAUAGUGGAAGCAUUCAUUUUCUGUCUUAAAUCUUACACUUCUGAGAUUGCCAAAUUCUGCAACAAGUUUUCUUGUUUGUUUGUUUGUUUGUUUGUGGCUGUUUGUUUGAAGCUUCAGAAUCCUGGGUCUGUAUUGUAUUUUAUAGUCCAAUAUGGAAAUGUUAGUGUUAGUAAAAGCAGCAUUUGGGUCAGACUAAAUUCUCCCCUGUUGGAAUUUUACCAUUAACACAGUCUUGUUACAUGUUUGAUAUACAUGGAUCGGCACAUUACAUGGUUGCUAGACACUUGGUAAAUAAAAUUCGAGUUCUACACAUUCUGGACCUUUUAUUUUGAAGUCGGCGGGAUUUCAAAGUCUCCUUAGCUUAUUCCCAGCUUGUUAAAAUGCCUUCUUGUAUCUUUCAUUAAAUGAUUGCAUUGUUGCAUAUCUCUUUCCCCUUCUACUAAUGGAGAGGAAAAUUGUUCCAUAGAACAGCCGCUCAAAAUGGGGAAAAUAACCUUUGUGAAAUGAAAUCCUCCUUAUCUGUCCAUGCACUUGGCUCUUUCUUGCUUCCAGGCAGAUUGUGUGCUACUUCUAGCUUCCUGCCUAUCUGGGGUUUCUUUCUCUCCCCAUCCUAAAAAAAAAAAGAAAAAAAGAAUUCUGAGCGGCUGUUGGACUUCACAGAAGGCAACGCUUUAUUCAGCUUACAAAAGUCUCUUUCUCCCAUAUGAAAUUCUGAAAUUACUGAAUAGGAAAAAGUGGUGUGUCUGCAAAGCUAGCCUGGUUUUCUUAGAUAUAUGCAAAAAAAAAAAAAGUCAUUCCCUUAUUCAUCUGGGAAGCUGAGUUUGUGCAGUGAAGAGACAAUAAUAUCAUAAAUGGGGGCACACAUGAAGCAGAAAUUUCCAGUGUCACUAAUUGUACCAGAUGAGUUCCUGAGUGGGCAUGGAGUGGGGGCAACUUUCCCUUUUUCUCUCCCUGGCCCUCUGGCCAAACACACUUUUACUAAACUGGAGGGGGUUGUAACUGCGCUGCUUUAUCUUUUCUUCCCUCUUAAGUGGGCUUGAAAUACAAAGCAUUGAUAAAUGAGUAAGAAUGACUGCAGCAUAUUGAAAAAAUAUGUGGCAUUAACUAAAACAUCAGAAAAUGUUUUUCUUUUGUAUUUAUGUGCAAAAGCUCAGGGCUGUGGGGUUGGGUGCACAAUAUUUUUUAAAGCAGCAUUUAAAAAGCACAGUCAAAUAAGACGGGGUGUGUGUGUGUAUGUUAUAAAUUGCCUAGGUUUAUCAUUGUUCAGGGUUAAAAAGAAGUUUAGGAUGUCCAUGUAUCCAUUUCUAAGUUUUGUCUUGCCUCCACAGCCCUUCCCAUGGGUUGGGAUUGAAGAUGCGUAGUGAAUAUUACUGAAACACUGUAUAGAAUCAUUCCUGUUCUUAGACUGCACACAAUACAGCAUCAAAGGCUACCAUAAACACUGUUGUCUCAAUACUUUAAUGAGAACAUCAAAGCAUACAUAGGGUUUAAUGUUGGAGCUUAUGGGUUACUAAAAUGUUGAGAAAUGCUCUGUGCAAGUACAAUGGCAGUCUUCCUUAAGGCAGAAAGCAACCCCCUGCUGCACUUUUGAUUGCUGUCCUUGGUAUCGAUUCAUGCAAGAGAGCUGUAUCUGCAUCCAGGGCUUUCAACAGUUUCCCAGUGUAUGCCCCAUGUGGUUUGUGAGCAUGUAGCUUGUUUUCUGCUAGUCCUAGCAUGAGCAGAACGGACUGCAGUUACAUUUGCAACAGUCACCACCAGUAGCUCCGGAUCCUAUGAUAAGUUGCCUCUUCUUCUAUGAAGUCCUUCCUGUUUUGCUUCUGGGUUUUCAGGCACCAUCCCCAGGAAACUGAGAACUCAGGGCAUCUUAAGUAGCAUGUGAGAGGAUUGCAACUUUCGUAGCAUGAAGACCCUUCCUUCAGAAUUGAUCAUUUUAAAGCAUUAAUUUAUCUCUUGCAUAAGCUUAUUUUGUGAUCUCUAUAACUGGGUUUGUAUGAAGUGUAUGCACAGCUGUGAUAGUUUUGCUCUCUUCAAAACACAAGUUGACUUGUGUUUAGGUUGUAAUCCUGAGCCCUCUUAAUACAGAUUAAAUACCAUUGAAUGCAGUGGAGCUUAUUUCUUAGUUGCCACGUUGGGGACUGUGCUACACAUCUCAUAUUUUAUUUUACUUAUGGCUUGUAUUGAACCAUAAACAAAUAACCAUAUCCCUAACAUGGAUCUUCUCUUCUUUUUCUGGACUGCUGUCAACUAGAGUAUAAACUUGUCUCAUUUCACUUUUCUCUUUGCUUCCAUUUUCUCUCUCACUGGUUAGAGAAAUGCUGGACGUUUUCCCUUUUUUGUCACACACAUGGUUGCGUCUGAUUACUUGUAAAUAAGAUCUGAAGUGCUCAUCGCUUUCAAUUAUAUUUCAUACACGUUGCAUAAUAUAUUUUAGGUUAUUAUAACAAUGAACUCCAAAGCUUUUACUGGGCGCUGCUUAUAAUUCCAUUAAAAAUAUGUCCAUUUAUAAUGCAUUAAGACUGUUACAGGCACUUAAAAACUGGCAGUGGUUUUGACUUUCACUACUGAGAGUGUGUUAAUGAAAAUUUAUUUUUUAAAUUAUAAAAGCUUUCUCUGACUUCCUUCACUUCAAUAUUAUACCUGAAUAGAAAGAAAAGUUUCAAUAAUAUUGUGCUUUAGGACUCACAAGGGUAGUUUAUAUGAAGUAAUGAGUGAUGAUUAAGGUACUCCUUCUUUUAAUUAUUUAUAUACUUGGAGACACUGUCUUAUUUCUUGGUAUGUGUGCAUAAUCUGAUUGUCUAGUGAGUUGGAAUAAGCUAUAAACCAAUAUAAAUAAAUGGAAGGGGGAGUGAACCUGGAAGGCUUGAGUUAAAAUUCUAUCUUAUGCUCAUCCAAAGCAAGCCUUUAUGACUAUCUUGGUGCUAAAAGUAGAAAGAUGACUUCUCUCUUCACACAAGCCUCACUUAAACCAGGAAGGCUCUAUUUAACCAAAGUUUUCCAUUCCACCCAAGCUAGGAAACUGUGUUUGCUAGUUUUGGAACCAGACACAAUCUUUAAAACCGUGGUUUGAAGUUGGGUUAAGAGUCUGGCUUUUUUGAAAAUGGUAACCAUAGUUAUCUGCUUUGGGUCAAACAGGAAACUGUGGUUAAUUGGAUACUUUCUAGCUUAAUUAUGAUUUGAGCUGCUUGUGUGGGUAAAAAGUUCAUACAUUAAACCAAAAUAUGAGGAUCCAAACCAGCUCAUUCUCAAUAGCCUUGGGUUAGUCAUAACUGGUUUCAAAAGCUAAAUAUCACGGCUUCUAAUAUAGGAACCUGUUUAUGCAUUUGAAAAAUUAAUAAAAGUGUUUGUGUGUUUGAAAGAGACAUUUUGCUUUUUCUAUUUUAUGUACUGUGACAUUCUUUUGAUUUUUAGUAUGAACUAUAUGGCUUAUGACUGGCUACUCUGCAGAAGAGUAGACAAAAGCUCUCUCCACAUUCAUGUUAGAUUUGCCAUGCAUUAUAGCAGAAGAUAAUAAAGUUUGCUGCUGAUUGUGCUUUGCUUAUCCUAACUGUCACUCAUAUGUAAUCAGUCACAGUUACAACGCUGUGCUACGGUUGUAAUUCUUUGUUUCAGUUUUCCAUUUUUCCUCUUCUUAAGAGUGCUUUCCCUUUCUCUCCCUGUUAAGUGUCAAGAUGGUGCUGAUGUGGACCAGUGGUGACACCUUCAAGACCAUGUACUUCCUUGUGAACCAGGCUCCCUUCCAGUUCUCCAUCUGUGGACUUCUACAGGUCUUUGUGGAUAUGGCCAUCCUGUUGCAGGUUUACUUCUACAGCUGCUACCCACAAAAGCCAGCUUCACACACAACACACCCAGCCAGUACGAAGGCACUUUAA